AUGUGCCGCCCGGGGACGUGGAUGUGGAGAGCCGCUUUGUGCUGCGCGCUUCUGGAAACAUUUCUGCACACUGCCAGAGGUAAAAACAAAGCCGGGUUGUUGUUCUUUGCAAUAAAUUCUCCAUUCUUUGUAUCCAGCUUGUUUUAGCAGCAACAGUAUAGAGCCUGUGUUUGUGUACACACACACACAAUCACACGCUUGCAUGGGGGGCUUAGAGCUAAUGUGAACUGGAGACACAUGGAGGCGAGAGAAACAGGUCACUGGGUUGUUUGUGUUUCCAUGCAGGUUACAGUGAGGUGAUGGCUCUAAGAAGAUUAUUUUUCUUUCAUAUGCCCCUUCAGUUAAUUAUGUACAAUCACAAAAAAAAUAAUACCUGCUCUGUAACGAGUGCAGGUGUGUCGACCAAAAAAUGGAAAUGAAGGCAUACAGAUGUGUUGACAACACAUGAUCAUAAUGUAUUAACCACCAAAGAAACCCCUCUAAAACAAAGUGGGUGCUAUUUUUAGUGAAUAUUACAGAUGUUAGGUGUCAGGUCAGUUGUAAAUGGCUGGGUUGGGGAUCGGAUGGUUACUCCCAAUCGGAAACAACACCGAUCCAUCGCCCACGGUUGUGGUCUUAUCCUGGUAUCGUGAUGGUUUAUGAAUUGCAAGGUAUUCAUAAAUGGAAAUCUUAAGGUAAUUGAUUAUGUAAGGCACAAACAUGCCCAUUAAAAGAUCAGGGGAUUGCCAUCAUUGAAGUGUCAAAUUGAAAGGGAAAUCUGGAGAAAUUUAUACAUUUUAAGUAUAAUGUUAACAUUGGGAGUCAGCAAUACAAUAAGAAUAUCCCAUGAAUCAUGGCAAUGAUAGAUGCCUGCUGUAUUUAGACUAACAUCAACAUACCAGUUGUAACAGCAUAAUAGUUUUUUUCUAUUCUCUGAAGGACAGGUGAUGCAAGGAGGAGCAAUAAAACACUUCCUUGACAUGAAUAAUUAAUCAUGCAUCUAAAGAACACUCUUCCCAAACUGCAAUAAAGGAUUUUUUUGAAGUAAAAGCAAAAAAGCGGCACCACGAGGAGAAUAUAACUGUCUUGAUAACAGUAACAGGUAUAGGAGGGUAUAGGAAGGGUUUGGUGACUUUCAGUGAAAAUGUGAGUGAGUAUAUUAGUAUUUAGAAAAUCAGUUUGAGAUUAUCAGCUGCCUCAGUUUUGUCAAAAAUCCAAUAUUAUGCAACCCUGAUGGCUUCAACCAUGAACAGUGAGAUAAAAUAGAACCUCUCAAAUAUGUUGCCAAUGAAAAUGUCACAAUUUUUGUGUUUCUAAUCCUGGAUUUUGAAGAUCUUUGACAGAAACUGGCUGAUGAUUGUUCCCACUGUAACCCUGCCUUUCUGUGAUCUUUUCCAACCCCUCUCUUCAGGUCUCAACAUGUGUAUGAGUGGCAGCGCUACAUCCUGUGAAGAAUGCCUCCUGAUUCACCCCAGCUGCGCCUGGUGCGCACAAGAGGUAAAUCUUACCUCCUGUAUUUAACUUCAGGAUUAAAAUCUCUGCAAGUGUAUAAUUUAAAGCUUCAUGUCAUUAUAUUCUAUCCUUAAUUAUAUGAGUUACAUCCCUGCAGGACUUCGGGAGGGGUCGAACUCUUACGUCAAGGUGCGAUUUUACUCAAAACCUGCAGAAGAGGGGCUGUGAGCCGCGGUUUAUUGAGUACCCCAGCAGCAGUGUCUCUGUCCUGCAGAGCAUGCCUCUGAGUUCUAAAGGGUCUGGAGGGACCCAGGGUUUGGUCCAGAUCAUGCCUCAGAAGAUCUCCCUCAGUCUGCGGCCUGGUGAGUAAAGGAAAACUGACGCACAUAUUUACAAAAUUCAGCACACUUCACGGUGAGAAAGUUUUUCUGCUCUGGCAUGAACCAGCUGAAAGUUUCUGUCUCGUGGCUCAUUUAGGAGGCCAGACGUGGUUUGGACUGCAGGUGAGGCAAGUGGAGGACUACCCAGUGGAUCUUUACUACCUUAUGGACCUGUCUCUGUCCAUGAAAGAUGAUCUAGACACCAUCCGUAACCUGGGCACCAAGCUGGCACAUGAAAUGGGGAAACUCACCAGCAACUUUAGGCUGGGCUUUGGCUCCUUCGUGGACAAAAAUAUGUCCCCAUUCUCCUACACAGCACCCAAGUAUCAGGAGAACCCCUGCAAUGGGUGGGUACUUAACCAUUUAUCGCCAAAGGAAAGUUCUGCUAACUUGAAUCUCAGUCUUAUCAUUUCAAUAUUUGGUGGUUUAAACCAUUUGGGAGUUGGUUGCCCCUCUGCUGGCAGCAAAGUAAUCCUUGGAGGCACAUGCACCCAAUCACAUUAAAUCCAAAAGUGCUUGCCCUUGCUGCUAAAGCCAGAUUGUUAUUUUAGGAAUGAUUGAGGUUUUAGAAACAUUGCCUACAAAGAGCUUUUCUUUCAUAGAUAUAGCAUUCUUAUUUUAAACCAGAGACGACUUUUAUGCUGCUGCUUUUCAUAGCCACCAGACCCCAUAGAUGGAAAAUGUCAUUUUAUCUUGGAUGAAACAGAGUUACGGGUUUUCCAGGUAAAGAAAUGUAAUGGCUGUUUGUCUUUAUCCUGAGAUCUUUCCUCUGUUGGUGUGAGAGAGCCACAGUGGAUAAAAGGAAGUCCGGAAACAGUAAUUUACUCAAAGGCAUACAUCUAUUUUUGCACUUCCAUGAAUCAUGCAUGGGUUGACACUGCGCUAGCUUGAAAGCUGGACUCUUCCGAUGUGAUAUGGCGUUUUUAAAAACUGCCCUUCUCGUCCUGCACCCCUCUGCUUGUUGAUGAGGUCAAACAGAAAGGCAGCAGAGCAGAGUGAGGGGUAAAAAAGCUGAAGCACACCAUGUUUGCCCCCGAGGUGAGACAGUGGUGCACUAACGCAGAGCCACCAUCGCGCAUCACUUCCCAUCUAGGUUAUGGGUACGGUAUGGUGUGUGUGUGUGUGUCACACAGAAUUAUGCACGGCAGGCAAAUAUUUAAAGAGAUAGAUGACAACGUUUUAACCCCAAAGCAGGCCAGCUGACUUCUGCCAUUGCUCACCCGGUUUGAACAAGAGGAAAGAAGCCUUCAUUUAGAGAAACUGGAUUUCUAAGAGGCAUCAUCAUAGAACUCAUUGUGAUGCCUUUUGACUGUGACAAGACCAUCAGAGACAAGGUUGAGGAAUUUUAGUGUCAUUUUUAAUGCUUGAAAUUGGUGCAAGGGGGUAGGUGUCAGUAAAGCUGCUGGAGAAACAACCCUUUUUAUAUGUUUCACAUUAAAUAUCCACAAAAUACGAAAAAAAAAAACUGACUAUCAAAAAUGAGCAGGAUGUGAUUUUUGUCAGGAGACUCAGUUUGAGUAUGGAGAGGACAAGAUAAGCAAAGAGAGUCUUGUUCAAAGGAGGCAUCAAACUCGAUACAUACUGAAUGACCUCUGAUUUGUGUCACUAUGUUGGUCUGCCAUAUUAGUGGAAAAGUCUAUUUAGGACCAUUGCCAGGUUAUAUUUCAAAGCCAUUAUACUGUAUCAUACCUGUCACUUAUUACGCAACCUUUUUUUUGUAAGCAGCAGAUCUAGUGUGUAGCUUUUUUUUUAUUUGAAUGUUGUCCUGAUGUGACAUGAAAAAAAAAACCUGGAAGUGACCCCUCUGUCUUCCUUUUACAGAUACAAACUGUUUCCUAACUGCGUCCCCACCUUUGGUUUCCGCAACAUCCUCUCUCUGACGGAUAAAGUGGACCGUUUCAACGAGGAGGUGCAGAAGCAGAUGGUGUCCCGCAACCGUGACGCUCCUGAGGGCGGGUUUGACGCCAUCCUGCAGGCUGCUGUUUGCAAGGUGACGAGUGUUUCGUUCCUUUAUCUCUGUUGUCUUUUUAGAGGCUUGUCGAGUGGUCGUAUUUUGUCCUUUUAAAUGAACCCUGACCUGGCUGCUUUGAGUUAAACAUUUGGUUCAGAUUAGAGUGAAAGCUGUGAAAAUACCAGAAUGCUCCUGUGACAAGCGUGUGUCCCAUCUCCCUGUUAAUGAAAAGCACCGGCGGGGGUAUGAACUGACAGGAAGUUCAGUCUGCUGCAGCUGGUUAAACAGAAGGAUGAGUCCCUCUCAGACUCAGUCAUUCAAGUUUUCCUCAGCUGCUUUAAUUGUUUUCUACAGGAAGAGAAAGACUUCCUCACAGAAGCUCCUGCCUUGUAAUUUUCUUGCUCUGCAGUGUUUCAAACACUCAUUGGAGGCUGGGCUGGCUCUGUCCCAGGGCCUGAUUAAUCCUUUUUUGUUAUUAUUGAUUCGAGUGGAAGUCAGGCCACCAAUGUGAGGCUGUCACAUGAAUAUGAGACUUAACAAAGUUAUCAAAUUAAAUAGUUAUUUCUGAAACAAAAAGUAUGUGUUUAAUGGAAGAGCUUGUUUGUUGGAUCUUUUAUAUCAGUAAGGACAGAGCUCUUCAGCUCGCAUUGAAGUGAUUUUAGCGUGCCUUCUUCAGGGUUCCUAUGCAAGUCUGGAAAGUCCGGAAAUAAAUUUGAUCAAUUUCCAGGUCUUAGAAAGUAUGGAAAAUGAAAAACAAAGUAUGGAAAAAUAUUUAUGUUUCCAGACUAUUACCACAGUUCUAAAAUACUGCUUUCUAAAGUAGAAAAGUAGGUAUUUUCAAAAAUAAUUAGAGAGUAUGGAAGUAGAGUAGUAGAGUAUGGAAAAGUCCAACUGUGUAGGAACACUGCUUCUUGUUUAGAUGUGUUACCUGUUGUUUUGAAUGGUAUACCAUAAAAACGUAGUUAAAAAAAAGUAGCCUGCUCUACAAAAAAGUUAGUUGCUCAGGUUUUUAUUUGGUUCAAUCAACAAAGUCCCCCUGCCUUUAUUUGAGACAGGCACAAUAAGAUAGAGAACUAUAAUUUUUUUCCCAUAACGUCUUCCAACAUUAACUCAAAGUUUGACUGUUUCUACCCAUGCAGAUCAAAUUUCACCACUUAAAUGUAUCACAGCAGCUUUAACGGUCACUUUUGUUGCUGCAGGUUAGAGCAAGUCAAGAACUUUUUAUGUAUUGGUCAUUUGUGAAGGAAACAAGUGCUGAUAUGUCACUUUUUAGCUUUGCCUGUAAGUCAAACGCCCUUUAAAUCUUUGCAUCAUUAUUGCCUCCUGUUCAAACUUGAUGUCCUCAAUAGGAGACAGUCACGGCUGUGUGUCAUGCCUCUGUCAUCCAUGGCUCAUCCCUCACACACAACAUCUCUGCUGUUUUUCUUCACACUUGCUGCUCAUCAUAAAGGCCCCUGAUAGGAUCCCCCGCAGCUCUGUUGUUUACUGUAAAAACAAAAUAAAGAAUAAUAGAAGGACAAAUCCCUCUGUUCACUGCUAGAAAUGUUUUGUGUCUUUAGCGCCGUGCAUUAGUCAGCAUUCUGUUAGCGCUCACUUUGGCACGCCUGUUGUUUCCUGUUGAUACACUACAGGACUGCGCCUGAAGCAGAAAACUCUGGCUGUUGUUUCACCCUCACUGUUUGGGUGUGUUUGGAUCGGUAGCUCUCAAACUUGUGGACAAGAUCUGGGAGAAGUUAACAGUCAGAUGAGGAAAUCAAGCCCUGUACCAAAGUGUUGAUACAUGUUUUUUUGUCAUUUGUUCAAACUAAAUAACUCUUAUUACUUGUACAAGUCUGUCUAAGGUGUGUUCCUAAAAACAAACUCCCUUCUGUAUUUCUGUAAACAGUCAGAAAUCGGUUGGAGAAAGGAAGCCUACCACCUGCUGGUGUUUGCCACAGAUGAUGUCCCUCAUCUUGCACUGGAUGGCCGACUGGGAGGCCUCGUCCAACCCCACGAUGGAAGAUGUCACCUGAAUGAGAAUAAUGAGUACAGUGCCUCCACAGAGAUGGUAAGAGGGGCGGCCUUUUCCUACUGUUUGCCUCACAAACACAGCAGCAGUAUAUCUAACUUUUUAAAGAUCCUCCGGUGUCAUUUUGGCUCUCUUAGAGGUUUGACGAAGAAACGACCAAGUAUGAGGGGACCACAUAAAAAAAUCAAUGACAAAAUUAACUGCAGAGAUAGAAUAAUCAGUUGAUUAUUUCACUGUUUUUCAUGCUCAAGGGGGACAUUAGGGGUGCAGUUAUACAUUGAUACUGUAGACGCCCAUCAGCGCCAACAGGGCCUGAGGCAGCACAGAAAGUGGUUUCCCCUGACUUAUUUACUUGCAGCCUGGAGCAGCAAAUGAAAAACCCCUUCUGUUGUGAAACUGCUUUUGGUGGCAUUCAUACUUGCAACCAUUUUUUUAAAUAUAAUUUGAGUUUUACAGCAGAAUAUGAACCCUGCUGUUUUAAAUCUCAAGAAACCUGACACCUAGAAUGUACUAUGGGUACUUUUCUUGACCAAAUCCAGCUGUGAAUGGACAGUGGAAUUUCCACUGUUUACCUAAAGAAUGACUCAGAGAUACAGUACGUCUGAUACUUUGAGCUCUUCACCUCCUGAAAGGACUUGCCUUUUUUUUAUAAGAUAAUACACGGCUCCUCGUGGCUCGAAUCCAAGUCUACAUUUCUGGAAUUUAGUUCAUUUUAUGUCAAGUGUCUGACCUAAAUCUAGUCUGAACACACUCAGCUGAAGUAAAUGGAGCAUUUUUAAACUCUUGCCUUAACCCAGCAACUUGUUCUUAUUAAUAGCAACAGCAUGUGGAGGUAAUUGAAGUGGGGAGGGAAAAUACUCACGUCCACACCUGGAGGCUGCCAGUAAAAACCACAGAAUAGACUGUUGACAUGUAGCUACACAGCGCAAAGCAUGCAGAGGGACAAAAAGACAGAAAUGUUUAGCUUUGACCUAUAAACCUAUCGGCUUCAAAAAGCAGUUAACAAGAGAUACAAAGCUGAUCAGGAGCCAAAUGUAAUUCAGUCACACAAAGAAAUUCUUUCUCAUUUGUACAUAAUUGUAUUUUUUAGAGAGCGCCAGCUGCAUAAUACAAUAAACAUGGAUAGACAUCAUGUGGGUAUCACUGCACUCCAGUUAAAACUUGGAUUCUUUCAUUUGUGUUUAGAAGUUAUUAGCUUCUAAAUCAGAAUUUCCAAAGAAUAACUAAUAGGCGUCCAUAACAGAGCUGCAGUGGAAGAAAGAAGAGAUCUUGAGUUUUCUUCGAUGGCUGCUGAUUGGUCAAAGAGUUGUUGAAAUGUUACUUUGAUGAAGGUUAAACAUGAAAAAACAGUAAAAGAUGACAGACACAAGACUGCAAAAAUAUUUUCUCCUAUCAGUCUUUUUUGGGAUGCAAGAAAGCGUGUGUCUGUCGCCAAAACAAGUCAUAUCAUCUGCAUAGAUAGCUUUGUCAGUAAAUUUGGCCUUUUCUAAUGUUCAUGAAACAAAUCUGAUUUCAAUUGACAGAAACAAAGAUUUUCUGUCUAUUUCUAAACCACAUUUUCCCAUUUUCCGUAGAAUUCUGUUUACUCAGUGCCGAUAAAAUCCACUGGAAUUUUAUUUCCAGGGUCCAAGAAAAAUAAAAACCUUUUCUUUUAUAUCAGAGCAUCAUGACCACAAUCUGAGCAGUGAUAUUGGCAGAACCUCAUGAAACCAACACCAGUUUAGUUUUAAAGUGAAACAGUCAGCAUUCUGUUUGGGGAUCAACACAAGAGCCAGGUUUAUUAAUAUAAAGUGUUUCACAACAACACUAAACUAAGAAAGUUCAAAAUGACAUCAGCUUCAAAUAACAGUGGUAUGAGAUGGAUCAUAUUCAAUGUGAGACGUCGCUCCUCCAUCAGUAUGAUCACAUGAGGAUCGCUUGUGUCUAAAGAUUCUUUAUUUUUGUCCUUGAACUGCAUUUAAUAUUACAGAAAAAAAGAGCUCAUUCCUUCUAGCCAGUUAUUUUUUACUCAAGAGUCAGAAAAGACUUGUCAAGGAGAGACUAGAGAGAAAAGGUAAACAGAAAUGAAUGAGGUUUGCUGUGAAGCAGGAUCAAAAGGGUCUUUGGCUGGUUUCCUCCACAAUGAGGGGGAAAUAUACAUCGGGCUUUACUGAGUUUCCAUCAGAGUGUUUAUAAUAUAAACACAAGACAAGGGUUAGAAAAGCAUCAGCAUAUGUUGGUUAGCUUCUGGACAGGAGACUCUAUAUACUCUAUAUGUGUGGAGAAAAUUACCCAUGAUGCCUCUUUCCACAUCUCUACAGGACUAUCCAUCUCUGGCUCUCCUGGGGGAGAAACUGGCAGAAAACAACAUUUUCCUCAUCUUUGCAGUGACUAAACGGCUCUAUGUUAUUUAUAAGGUACUUUGAUUUGACAGUUUUACUUUUUACGUAAUUGUCCUUUAUAUUUUUCUUUUGGUAUUAAGGUGAAUUCUGCUGUUUUUUCCCCCUUUUUAAAAGAAUUUUACUGCUCUCAUACCUGGAACCACAGUGGAGAUCUUGGACCAGGACUCCAAGAAUGUGAUCCAGCUGAUCAUCACAGCGUACAAUGUGAGUAGAAAAACUUUGAGCGGCUCUAACUCUGUGUGUGUCUGGUUUCCUGUUUGUGUGUGUGUGAGAGAGUAAUGACACAGAGGGGUUUGAGAAGAUAAGAAGAGGGGGAGGAAAACAGAAGCGAAUUCUUUCAUGUCUUCCCACUGCUGUGACACAUUUAAUGAGCCUCCAGCUGACAUGGGUGGCUGCUCACAGGCUGGAUUCCUCAUUUUAGUGAGGACGUUGGUGGGCUUAACAGCUGGCUUUGUAACAAAUUGGUUUCUGCUCACAGAUAUUUCUCACAGGGAUGGAAAUGAUCAGUCGAUCAGUCCUUCAGUAGACCCACAAAUAAGUUUUGAAAUAGAAGAAUGAAUAUAUUUGUUCACUCCAGGCUUUGGCUUUUACACAAAGAAGAGUAACCAUGAGCAAAUAUCACUUGUGCAAGCUCAUGUACUCAUGAUGUUUUUGGUAGGGCUGGACGAUAUGGCCUCAAAUCAAUAUCACAAUAUAUUGAGCAAUUCACCUCGAUAACGAUAAAUGGACGAUAACUUCUCCACAAGCUGCUCACCCCCUCCCACAUUAACUUCGUCUACUUCAGCUGCUCCAACUUUUGAACCGUCCUCCAUCUCCUCACCUGUCUUUCCCUCUGUGUUACGGACUGGAUCGGGUGGAGUCAUGUCUCUGAUGUAGGACAACGUCUCAAAGGGACACGAGACCAUAGCCUACCUACAUACAUCCAAAACCAGCCUUUGUUUAUUUAUUUAUUUUGACACUGAAUGUAUUGACAUGCGCAAAAUGACGUCGGUUAUUGUUGUAAAUUUCUGUAUCGGUACAUUUUCAGUUUAUCGCCCAGCCCUACUUUUUGGCCAUACUCACUCUGUCCCUUUGCUUUUCAGGCACAUUCAGACUUGCUUCCUGUUUCUCCUCUCCCUGCUCUCCUCUUGCUGUGAUAUUUUUUAUGUCAAAAAUACUGCAGUCAACAAUUAACUUUUUUUGUAUCUGUGGCUCCAUUGUGCUCCCAAACUUUGUUGCACGUUAAUUUAAGCUCAUGAUGAAGAAAAGGUGAGAGCUAAGGAUAGGGGUCAAGAACACGCUCUGCUGUGAAGAAAGAGAGGGAGGGUGCCCUCAAUUCACCCUAUAGGACAAAAUGAACACAACACGGCCUUCAGUAUCGAUCAUCACAUUUUCAUGAUAGCAGGGAGCUGUAAUUGUAAAUGAAAUUGAAAUCGAUUUACUCACCCAGCUCUGCCCCAGGCUUCUUGACAUUGACGAUUAUCCCUUUUGGUUAAACUGGUUGCAACUGAUGAUGAUGAUGCUACCAGACAUUGCUCUGCUAUUAUUAAUUGCAAGUACAACGAAACUAAAAGAUUUAUGUAUUGGCAAAUGAAAUGUUACUGAAGUGAGAUCUUACAAAAGGUCUCUUUUUGGGCUGAAAGGAUAUAUUUUAUUCAAGGAACUAAAUUUUUCAUCAGUAGCAUGUCUCUCCAAUAAAGAUGGAAUUUACACGGAUAUACCCGCCAUGUAAAAACACAGACAUGGCGUCCCGCCUGUUUUUUCCUAUAAAAUGAUCGAUUGUUUUUAACUUCCCUGCAUGUAGUCAACCGUUCCCUGAGUAUUUUCCUGUGUGGGCGUUCAAAUUUUCCUCUCCCUGGUCUUUCUUUGGCCCUGUGGCGGUGUAUUCUCUGUGACAGAAACUCCUGUCGAAAGCAGACUUGACAUGCCGAGUGUGUGGGAAGGAGCCUGAAUGAAGUCCUUUGACUCAUUCCCUUAUUAACAUUCCAGCUGCCACGUUAUAUCCAAAACUUGUCGGCUUUGCCAAACACUCUGAGGUUACUUUGUGUGACCAAGUGAUUUUUCCUUAAAUCUGAGUGUGGCUUAAAGCUGCUGCCGCUGUGAUUGCGUCAAGGGUCAGGAAAGAGUAAAGAGAGAAGGAGUGAGGGUGAACUAAUCCAUGCGCAGAGGGCAUGAUCCUGAUUUCUCCAUGGCACAGUUUGUCCGUGUAAAUGUGCUAAAAGGAUAAAGUCUGCAUAAAGCUUGAUGCAGCUAGCGUAAAAAAAAGAAACUCAGUAAAGUCAACCUGUAUCCAUACACAGGGUUUGUGGUUUAGCUAAGUUGGACUAUAAAAAUGUGUCUAACCAAAGCAGUGCAUUCCCCAUGUUUCACUCUUUUCCACCCUGUUACUCAAAGUUUAAAGCUUGAAACGGCACACUGAGCUGGUUUCAGUGUAAAUGUUUCUGCGGGGAGAAUCGUGGUAAUAUGGCUCUAGUUUCAGGAAAGUGGGAAAAUAUUUACGCACACAAAGACAGCUGCAGAGAAGUCUGAAAGGUUUUAUUGUGCCAUGCAGCAUUAAUCCGUCGUAAAACCUUGAGUUGCUAUCAUGUUCUGAUAAAUUCUUGUGUUUUCCGCAGAACAUCCGCUCUAAAGUGGAGCUGUCGGUGUGGGAUCACCCAGAGGACAUCAGUCUUUCCUUCACCGCCACCUGUCAGGAUGGACAGCCUCUGCCAGGCCUCAGGAAGUGUGCUGACUUGAAGAUAGGAGACACGGUGAGUCCCUGUUCACACUACCUCCCCUGUCCAACCCACCUCACAGUGUUAAUGUUUUAUGCAGCCUGCUGGCCCUAAAGAAACAUUCAGGGAUUUCUCUUAGGGGUUAUAAAAACUUUAUCAGUGGAGUAGUUACAGGAAGAUUCUCAUAUUUCUAAAUCUGGACUCUAUUUUUUGCACAAAAUUUAGAGUUACUUCUGCAGAAAAAGGCUUUGAUGGCUGCAAUAAAAUCCAUAUAGACAUGUGAGCAUCCAGCAAAACCUCUUAAUGCUACUGAUGGGCUCUGAUGUUUUUGUCAUUUUACAAAGAUCCUUUCAGAGACGAAUGCUAAGAUCCAUUAUGAUUAGAUAAGAUCCAUUAUGUAAUAGCCCUUACAUGGCUCACCUCAGAGCCACAGGCUGCAUCAAAAUAACAUUAUUCCUACCGCACAGAAACAGGACUAACUGGUCUGCCCCUGCCUUAAUGAUUUAGUCUUUUUGUGUUAGAGUAUGAACUCAGAGUUGAAUGUUUAGUUUUAACAGACUCAAACACACACACCCCUCUCUGAACCCUGCCCUACCUUUUUUUCUGGUUUUAUUUUGAUCUGUAUCAGCUCAAAGUCAAGAGGAUAUUUAUGCAAUGUAGUGAAUGAGGUAGCAGAAGAAUAGCACCUCCCAUUCUCUGCAAAGACAGAUUUAUGUUUUAACUGAAACACCCUUCAACAGGGGUUUGCAUCAAACCUUGAUACCAGUGCAGCUCAGCUUGUCUUUGUGAGCUGAAGCACAUCAGGACACAUGGUUGAACUGCCCCAGCUUGAUUUGCCAGAGAUCAAUAUUUUGCAGCACGCUCAGAGCCACAUCUUUUAACAGGAUUUAGGGCACAUGGAAAUCAUUGUAUGUGAGUGGAAAUCAAAAGCUUUUAGAUAGGAAACAUGCAAGUGUUCUCUAAAAAUAUGUCCUUAUUUUCCAAAAAAAGGAUCACCCGGUUGGCACUUUGGUUGAACACAACGGUUCAGUACUGCAGACUGUUUCCUCAUGUCUGCAGGAGCAGAUCGUUGGAACAGCAUGUGUGGAUAGAAUUAUGUGCAAUAUGUGAAUUAUUAUUACACCAUCGCUGUUUCCUUUGUGUGUCUUACUCCAAGACUACUGAGCUGGAUAGAGACCCCUCAUGCUGUUUAGUAGGCAUGCAGAGAUGUGUUGCUAUGGAAACAAGGUCUGAGCAAAAGGCUCGGGAGUUUUGGUAAAAAAUGUGUCCAUAUGCUUGAGCGCAGCACCUUCAUUUUGCAGGUUCAGACAGUACAAAGGGUCUGAUACUUUGCGUUUGAACCAUCUUCUGGUGCUUUCUAAUUCACAUCUUUAAAAUAGUUUCUUUAAAGAUAUGAUUGGAAAUAAGACUCUAUGAUCUUACCUUCUUUUUUAUUGCAGAAAUAAGCCUUUACCUGAAUGUUAAGAAUAAGAGGUCUUCCAGUUUAUUGUAUGUUCCCAUUCUGAGUGGCAUUGGCCAAUCAGGUGUCAGCAGGUUAAUAUUUACAAUAAAACUGAAACCCCUGACAGAAAGAUGAAUGUGUGCUGCUCGCGAGGAUGCAAUCAAGUGAAAAAUGUCGGUGUUAAUUUUCAGACAAAUCUGGAAAAGUCAAUUUCAUUUCACUUUUGAUCUAAACACAUGAUCACUUCUCAGGUUACUGAUUGGACUGUGAAUAAUUUACGAACAAUCACGGAAAAGAGAGUUUUGGUUAAAAGUUGUAAAUCCGUGUAAAUCGAGUUUGAUUCUAAGAUUGAGUUUAGGUGUAGGUAUGGUUGAGUCUGAAUUCUUCCUCCCUGCACAGUGACAUUCAGAGACCCAGUCGGCGGCUAAAGAAAGCAAGCUGUGACUUGGCGGUCAGGGCUAAACGCAGUGUGACCUUUGAAUCUGUUUCCAGUGACUUCCUGUCUAAUGAAACCAAACCAAGGUGGGGGGAGGGUUUGAUUUUGUUCCUUAUUUAACCACAGAGACAGUGUUGGCAUCUAUUGAAGAGAAGACGCCACAGUAAUCAAAGUCAUGACAACACUGUGAGGGUCACUCCAGGACACAUUUCGUCACUCUUUCUAUACCCAAACUUAAUGUGUUGGUUUUAUACCCCCUGAUAAUCCAUUUAUGAAUUGUAAUUUUGCAACUUUAUGCAGCUUAUCUACUUUCUCUAAAAGCAGUAAGGGUUCAAUAUCAUUACCACACAGCUUUCUUGGCAGAGCUCUGUCACUCCUUGGGGAGUAUUUCUCCACUCAGCUGGAUUCAAUCAGCAGCGGAUACAGCUUCGUGAAAGCUGUGAGUCUCACACUUUGUCCUCCUGGUGGCUCAGUGGAAAUGUUUCUCCUGGCUGACCUUUUGCCUCACAUUUAUUAAGAUCAGGAAGGAGUCGAUUACUGCAGUGGUAAUUUUAUUACAGGAUCUGAUAAGCCAACGAGCUUGCAGGUCUAGUCAGGAAGGCAUUUAUGGUGCCAAUACCUGUUCAGCCCCAUGCCACAGUUUUUCAGUCUAAAGAGGCUUUGCAGCUCCAGCUUUUGAGAUUGAUCUGAUCGUAGAUGCUGGCCAAAGGUGUUGUGAGCCAGAGUCGGUAAAGAUCCAAAUUACAGUGUUUCACAAGUACUUGAUCCUCUAAUCUCGUUCUUUAACCAGUCUUUGUGGCUUGAUCUUGUUUAUUGAAUUAAUCACUCUUUGACAAAACAGUGAGCACUCUUACAGAGUUAGACACACUUUACAGAUCUCAAAACUCUGAACACAUUCUCACUUAUUUAAACAUAUUUUGCACUUAAAUACAUUAAUGGUGCAGAGUGGUAAACACAGGUAUCAUCAUAAUGCAUAGAAACUAAAAUAAUCUGGUUCAGAGAGUACGGCAUAUGGGAGUGAGACUCUGUCUCUGAGUUUACCACCUUUGCGGUGCACUGUGUACUCUCUCAUUAAGGGAUGCAGAGUCCAGGACACACCAGUAACUCUGAUGAAGGUCUGAGUGCCGCAAUGUUGUGAAGAAAUACAGCAAAUCCUUGAUUCCAACUUAUAAGUGACACCAGUUAGGGCUGGGCGAUUUGGCCUCAAAUCAAUAUCACGAUAUAUUGAGCAGUUCACCUCAAUAAUGAUAAAUGGACGAUAACUACUCCACAAGCUGCUCACCCCCUCCCACAUUAACUUUGUCUACUUCAGCCGCUACAACUUUUGAACCGUCCCCCAUCUCCUCACCUGUCUUUCCCUCUUUGUUACGGACUAGAUGGGGUGGAGUCAUGUCUCUGAUGUAGGAUAGCGUACCUACACACAUCCCAAACCAAUUUUUAUUUAUUUAUUUAUUUUGACACUGAAUGUAUUGACAUGGGCAAAAUGAUGUCGGUUAUUGUCAUACAUUUUGGUAUCAGUAAAUUUUUGGUUUAUCGCCCAGCCCUACUACAAUCAAAAAUCUCAGAGCACCACCUGUACAAUGUUCUGCUAAGACAGUGUUGCCUGUAACCUCCAUCUCACUAGCUUCACAGUGAAUGCAGUGCAUUGUACCAGUUUCAUAGUGGAGCCACCCUCCAGUAUAAAACUGGUACUGGUUCUUCUGAUUACUAUGAGCCUUCUCUGCUGCUGUUGCUCACAUAUCCACCACAUCUCUAUCACCCUCACCAACUUCAGAGGUUAGAUUUUCAGUAAUGGAGCUAAAAGGGACACUUCCUCCCAGUGUUCAGGAUAAUCUUACAUCUUAAUAGCUUUGAAUUUUGCACAGACCUCUCUCUGGUGGUCACUUUAUAUUCUAUACAGGACCCCAAUUAAGAUUAGUAUUGAGUCCUGAAUCCAUUGAGAUCUAGCGAGGGGCAGCUUUGUACAUGCAGGCACACAGUGAGCUCUGGCAUGGUGGAAUUCUUUUCCCAAACCCCCCAGAGCUGCUUUAUUUUCCUGGGUUGGGGAUGGGAGAGGGUGUCAGGAGGGGUUCAGGCAGAAUAACACCAGUGAAUGGGGGGAGUUGGCCUCGCUUUUGUCUUUUAUCCUCGCUGGUGAAAGGAGGUGGAGGAUGCCAAACUUCCCAGUCUUUCUCUCAGGAGGACAUGGCCUCGUCCUCAUCCCCGGUGUCAGUCACUGUGUCUGAGUGUGAGCUCGCCGUUGAGCCUGAUGCUGCAUCUCAAUGACGGCACACAAAAGUGAGCAGGAGGAGGCCUGUGAAACUGCAAAACCAUGAAAAGAGAGAGCUGGCUGGGGGGAGAAAUGUUAGCCAGAGUGUGUAUAGAUAUAAGCAUAUGAAUGACAGCUAGUCUGUGUUAACAUACAGAAGGUUUUAUAUCCAAACAAACCAGAAACAUUUGAAUUUGGUUAUGUGUUGUUUUUUUUGACCUUCUCUAAUGGUUUUGUCUAAGUUGAAAGAAUUUGUGGCAGACAUAUGAAUUCCUACAUCCAGAGAGACUCAUCCAUGGUGACACUGAAGUUGUCCACACUAUAAAACAAACGUUUAAGAUUAAAAUUGAAUGUCUAAUUUGUGUCCUACACAUCAUAAAAUCACCAUAAAUCUCGUUCAAGUGUUUCCAACCAACAGUCCAACUCUUAUUAGUCUCUCAUAUUACUGACAUCUCUCCUUGAAUUAAGUUACCCACUGAGCUGACUGUCAGCUUUUGCGCAAUAAGUUAAAUCUCCAUGCAUUUCCUGAUUCAUUCCUUCCUCCUACACUCCCCAAAUGUCCUGUAUCACUACUACUACUACGCUGUCCCCACAUUUUUACCCUCCACAACCUCAUACUUGUCCUAAUGAAGCCACAUGAUUGAAUGGACCAGCCUCCUCGCGACUCACAUUUACAGUAAAUUUAAUAUUCUCCCUCAUUAACUUGUUAAGCGUCCUGCUCUCAAGUGAAGGGGGAGUCCAGGCAGCAGAGCAGAUGACGUAAGAGUUUCCUGUAUCCUGAAUCAGCUUGUGUUUUGUGCUGGACUAGUGACCAUAUUUUACCAAGAGGCUGGAGCUUUAGCAAGGGGCAGACUAACUAUGCAAAUACUAAUUCAUCCAUAGACUGUGUAAAACAUAGAUGGAGUCGAGGAGAAGUUACAGAGCACAAAAUGGGAAGUUGCCAUAUUUGAAAUACUGACUCUAACCAACUUUUGGCUUAUCUAACCAAACUUUUUAAACUCUGUUUCUUGGUCAUAUCAAUCAAUGUAAAUUGAUAGUAACUAGGGCUGGGUGAUAAAACGAUAAUGAUUUAUUUCAAAAAUUAAUUUCUCUCGAUAUUGAUAUGAAAUAUGGUCAGUAAUGCUUUUUGAUCGCAAGCAUUCUGCCAUGUUUUGGGAUACGAACAGCCAAUGAAAAGGGGAGUUGCUCCUGGUGUGGGUCGCGCUGAACUGACCAUUCAGUCUGCUUUCUCUAGCGCAUCGCCUUACGACAAAACGUGGAAGAGACACAAAGACCUCACAGGCGCACUAGCUUAUUGUAUUGCAAAAGACAUGUUACCAGUAAGCACUGUGAAAUUUCAUUCAAGAGUAACAGGUAUCAUUUAAGAUUGACAAGUGAUUUUCUCAUAUCGUGAUAUCGAUAUCGACUGAUAUGAAAAAAAUAUGUCAUGAUAUACUUUUCCCCAUCAGUUUUUUUCUGCCAGUAUGAUCUUUAGUCUUUAUUUGGUGUGUUUUUCUAUAGUUCAGUUUCAUCUCUUGCAUUUACAUUGUGAAUUUGCCAGUAUAACAGCUGACAAAAAUUCAAACUCUCAUGGCUGCUGAGAGGUGUAUCUGCCAAAUCCAGGCAGAGGAAAGCAGAGGUGUAUCUUUUAUUUUUAUUUUUUAUCACACCUGAAACAGGACAGACUUCGCCCAGGGUGAGACAUAUUUGGUCUUGAGUUUCAGGAGCUCAAAGUAGAUGCAGGGAUGCCUUUUACUGAGGAUAUUUUGACUCCAACCAGCACACAGAUGUUUUUGCCAAGACGAAGCAGGUGCUGCAAAGACGUGAUAUUUGGAGUCAAGUGAUUUUAGGCAAAGCUUCAAAGCGGAGAUUAUUUUCUCCCCCGUGAGAUGGUUUUAUUCUUUGAACCGAAACGGAUGCACCCGUUUCUCACUUUUUCUUCAAACUGCAUCUGUCAGUGAGUAUUUGUUUUAAGCUUCAAUAACUUUCCAGCACAGCUGUAAACACCCUCAAAUUUAAGCUGAAAACCUCACAAUCAUUGUUUUAUUUCAGAUCCAACCCGGCCUUGGAACUGAGCCAAACCAGCAGGACAUAUGUUUCUUUUUGGCACUUUGUCAUCGUUUCAUAAAGGGUGUUAAAGUGGAAACAUACAUUAGUUUGGCAGCCAGUCAUGCUUAUGAAAGUCAGGGCAGCAUCAAAGAAAAACACUGAGCUGUACAUGAAGCAGACGGCGUUCAGGACUGUGGCUGUGGUGGAGCAGAAGGAAAGAAAUACCAGAAGAAAGGGCUCAUACUGGAUCUGAGAACAGCCAGGGUUGGGUUUCUCUUCCUUCCUCAGAGCAAUCAGAUGGGUGUAGGUCCUGUGUCAUGUCCCACUUUCUUUCUACAGAGGAAAAGUCUCUCCAUCGGAACUCUGUCAACACGCUGAUGUAAACGCAACAACACUGGGCCGCGUUUAAGAUCAUGUUUACAGACUGAUGCUGUCAAAGUGACUCAGAUGUAAAGACGCAGGGUGGGAUCAAGUUCUUAGACCCUGACCUUGACCUGAACUGUUCUCAUUACACAAACAGGAACUUGUAAUCUUUUCUCCAUCACUGUCAGUGUUUGUAUAUUUAUCUUCUAAUUACACCACCAUUUCCCCUCCUUUUGAAGGUGUCGUUCAAUGUGAGUGUGGAGGCGAGGAGCUGCCCUCCCAGUGGCACCGAUCAGAGCUUCACCAUCAAGCCGGUGGGGUUUAAGGACCGCCUGGAGGUGUCUGUGGAUUAUCAGUGUGACUGCGGCUGCAGCAAGAAAUCACAAGUCAACAGCAGCAUCUGCAGCUCUAUAGGUACCCCAUCCCUCACAAUAUUUAUCUGUUUACUCUGGAUUUAAUGUCCUAAUUGAGUUAAAAACAGAUUGUUUUACAUCAGCUUUUAAGUUUUGUCUAAAAGUUUUUAAAAGAGCAGAUUUGGAAAGGAAGCCCUUUGGUUAAAUUUGCAGUUUUUGGUCUGUUUAACUGUAGUUUGGAAUUUUGUUAAUCCCCCAAAACCGGUUUAUGCAUCUCCUCUGUAAGAAAACAAUCAUAUUUAAAUCUUCUUCCAGGGGCCACAAUUAUAAAAGGGGACAAUUUAUGAAACUGUAGGACAAUCUGAUUUGGUCUGAUCCAAAUUGAUAACUGUUUAAUCUCAGCUGACACUGAUGGCAUUUUUAGGAUCAGGGUGCUGAAAUAAUCAAUCGAUUAAUUAAAUUUUAUUUCUAUAGCGCCAAUCCACAACAGUCAUCAUCCGAAGACGCUUUUUUUAAAAAAAGGAGCAGGUCUAGACUGGGCUCAUUGUUUGAUCAAUUGUCAAGACCCAACCUUAAGAUGAGACAGAUUUAAGAUUACCUUAAUCUUACUUUAAGAUUUGACACAUUUCAUCCAACAUGAGUGACAGUGGCAAGGAAAAACUUCCUUUUAACAGGCAGAAACUUUGGGAAGGACCAGACUCAUGUUAGACAGCCACUAAGCCGCCACUGGGUUGGGGAGAAAUACAGAGAGAUAGGGAGGGAGAGAGAGAGAGAGGAGUAGGAGAGAGGGCAGGGGGAGAGAAAGAGAACAAGGGAGAAGUAAGGAUAGAGAGAACGAGUAGGGGAGAGGGAGGGAGAGAGAAAUAAUGAAGUGCAUUUAUAAGAAAAUAUAAGCUAUCUCUCCUAAAAGUAGCAGUAGUAGACACAGGACCAACUUGGGUUGUUAUGAAAGUGUAAAUCAGCAACUUUAAAGCACUUAGAGCCAGAAAAUCUGACUGGAACAUUUCAGAUUCAGGAAUUUUCAAAGCUCAAAUUACUGUGUGAAUCUGAAAAUCGUCCAUAACUGUUAAAUAGGUUUGCAGAGUGUGUAAAAGCCAGUGUCGUAAUAUAAUAUUUGCCCUCGCAGGUACUUAUAACUGCGGGAUGUGUCACUGCGAGCCGGGCUACCUGGGCGCCCGCUGUGAGUGUCAGGAGGGCGAGGCCAGCAGCAUGUACCUGAGCGCCUGCAGGGAGGCCGAGGGCAAGCAGAUCUGCAGCGGGAGAGGAGAGUGCAGCUGCAACCAGUGUCUCUGCUUCGAGUCCGAGUUUGGAAAGAUAUACGGGAGCUACUGCGAGUGUGACGACUUCUCCUGUCCCCGCCACAAAGGCAUCCUCUGCUCAGGUAGGAACAUCAUCCACACAGAGUCUCUGUUUCCUCCUCUGAAGCUGAGUUGCUGAGUGCCUGUAGAGAGGAGGCGUUUUUUUUACCCUGAGCAUUAAGCUUAAUGAGAAAACAAGCUGACAUCAAACAUGCUGUAAAGUCUUCAGAUCUGCUGCUUGAUGUGGGCUCUAAUUAAAAAUGAUUUCCCUUCUCAAUGUUGAGUCAUGUUCCCUCACCUGCUGUGGGUGCGUCUCUAUGGUUUGGCCCUCUGGUGACUCCACAAACCAGCUUUUUAUUUUGGACUAAGUGGUGACUGUCACCUGCUGGGCUGCUGGCCUCAGUCCCAGAAGAAGAAGAAGAAGAAGGAGAAGAAGGAGAAGCUUCAGAAAGGCAGCUGCUAAAGUAGUUGUUCAGAUGUUCAGUUUGUGUUUUCUUUUCUCCUUGGUGGGCUUGUUUUGCUCUGAAACUCGUCCAGGAAUAACGGGAGCUUGUUUUGCUGAGAUAGAAGCAGAUUUGGCUCAAGAGAUGUAUCAGGUUAAAAAACAAGCAAAAGGAAGAUUGUAGAGUGGCUCUCUGGCUGGAGCAUUUUGGCCUUUAAUUAUCUCCAUGUUACCAUCCCGGGGCGUAAACAUGCUCCAUUAAUCAGUGAUGCAUGUGCCGACGCUAGUUCAUCUCUAUGGAGACCGAUGUCCUUUGAGGUCUUUGUCCACGUAAUCCUGUUUCAGUCUAAAAUAACAGCAGUGAUGGUCGAAUCCUUUCUUCCUUUGUGCCUUGAAGUCUGAAUCUUCCCUCUUUCUUGUCAUUACAUUGUAGGUUAGCAGAUUGUGUCUUAAGAAUUGUUUAUGAUUAAAAUGUAAAACGUCACGAUGUGUGAAGGUGGCCCUGUACUAGCUAUGCUGAUCUGGAAUAUAAACUGUUACUUAACAGUAUGAUCAAGUAGAGCUGCAGUGAUCAGAUAUUUUAGUGAGUAAGCACUCUGGUGAUAAAUUCAGUUGGUGAAAUUGGGAACAGUCACAGAUGAUCUUAUCUUAUUAUCAAGCCUAAAUGUAUACUCUAACAUUUGAGGGCAGCAUUGGAUGACAGAAGUGUGGCUUCAGCAGAUCACUGUUUGUUUACUCCUGUUAGUGUAGAAGUUGUAACAAUUACAGUACAAUUUACACAACUUCCAUAACAUCUUAAAAGAUAUUGCUUCAGACCAUUUUAUGCACGAGAAGCUCCGGUCGUGAAAACCAGGACUGAUAAAGAUGACCAGUGUUUUUUUUUGCAUUACUUCUUUGUAUUUUUUGGGGGGCUGAUUUUUUAUUAUGAGCUGUGAGAUUGGAUAUAUUUGUUUCUGUCCCCUCUCUUUUUUUUACUGUACGUGGCCCACUUUUUCUUUCUUGUUUGACCGUAAAAACAAAUCUGAGUGACCUCUCUCUAACUCCCAUUGAAAGCUCUCUGAAUUAGCACUUAGCUUGCCAGCUCUAAAGUGAUGCAAAACAACAGAUAGUUGUAAGCUACUGGCGUGGUGUAUGGAACAUAAUUUACUGAUGUUUGUCAAUAGAGCAAAGAUCUGCAGUACUGAUGUCCAACUGAUACAUUAACACACUCCUAAUUUUUUUCCCCUUAUUGAUCGGAUAAUAGAUUGACUGAAAAUAUGGAGGAUAGAGAGAGAGGAAAGAUAUGACAAAUGUUGAAGAGUCAAACUCAAGUGAAGGACGGCUGCAAGGACUUUGACCUCUGCACAUGUAGCGCACAAUCUAACCAGUGAGCUAAACUGUCAUCGCAACAUGUACAAUGUUUAAGUAAUUAGUAAGUACAUUAUCUUAAAGUUUACGCUCUUUUUCUGUGGUGGAUGAAGCUACCAGAAUGCCUUUGUGCUCUGCCUUUUUAAAGGAAGAAUUUUUCAGAAAGAACAUACAAAUUCUUAAGUUCUGAAAAGAUUUAGUUUGUUUAUCUCUUUGUCAUGCUAAAAUUGAGAUGUUUUUUCUAUCGUGCACCUAAGCUGAUUUAUUUUCUGCGUAAUCUGUGAUUUUAUGUUGAAGUAAAAGAUACUACCGGAAGAUCAUACGUCACGAAACUGAAUGAAAACCGUAAAAUAAAGUAUAAAUGUGAAAUCGAUUGGUCCUGAUGAGGCACAAGCUCUUUUAAAAGGGGUUAGGGCUGGACAAUAUGGCCUCAAAUCAAUAUCAAGAUAUAUUGAGCAGUUCACCUCGAUAACGAUAAAUGGAUGAUAACUACUCCACAAGCUGCUCAACCCCUCCCACAUUAACUUCGUCUACUUCAGCUGCUACAACUUUUGAACCGUCCUCCAUCUCCUCACCUGUCUUUCCCUCUGUGUUACGGACUGGAUGGGGUGGAGUCACGUCUCCAACGUCAGACAGCGUUUUUAAAUGGACAUGAGACCAUAGCCUACCUACACACAUCCAAAACCAACUUUUAUUUAUUUUUUGACAUUGAAUAUACUGAUAUGGGUUAAAUGAUGUCAGUUAUUGUUGUAGAUUUUGGUAUGGGUGCUACAGCUAGCUCACUAGCAGCUGCUGCUUUCUCUCUCCUUUGUUAGAGGACAUGUUGCAAGUUUAAAGGGCCACUACCGUUACUUAACUUUCUUUUUUCUAUUCUGAACGUCUUCAAAGGAAAUCAUCUAGUGUUUUCUUUUGCUAGUCCUCUAAUUAUUUGAAACACUAGAAGUAUAAAUUCCAGUGUGCGGUCAGCGGUCUGACACCUCUUCAGAACAGUUCACAGGGUUAAGUUCCUCACACCAAGCUGUGCUGCUGCUCGGACCCAAAGAGAGACCCGGUUUGAAAAAGCUGGUUCGGCUGGGCAUACCAAACAGGCCGGGGUUGUUGUGUUCCCAGGACAUCCCGUCCAAGACUCUGCGUUCUGGAGCAGGACCUGCUGGAUCAUCCCCAGGCCAGCAACUGUUCCCCUGAAACCACAGAGAGAGCUUUGUGACAGAGGGGGCCAGCUUUUGGCGCGCUCCCUCCAACACAAUACCCGCCUGUAUUUAUCUGUGGCCAGAAGAAACAGAAGUGUUUCGUUUAGUCAGCAGCAGGGCCGGACACGCUGAAUUCACAGACGCAGAAUGGCUGUUUUUGUUUGUGCUGAUCAUCUAUAAGCAGUCAUUAAAUCUUAACAGUCCACUACCCUCUGCCUCUCUCCUCCUCUCUUAGUGUGGGCGCCAUAAUGAGUCCUAAUGACACCAAACGGUCUGCCUCCUCCACACUUUCCUCCCUCACUCUCCUGAAUCUGACAGUUAAUUAUCGUGGAGAUCCCUGCACAGGGCAUGCUGUUAAAAUUACUCUGUGCCCGCUCUUUCUAGGAAAAUCCACAGGAAACACUGUUUAGGUUUCCCAAGCCCCCUUUAGCAAGCAGAAAUAUCCCAUAAAUAGCAUUUAGCUUUACCUGAAAGCAGCUCAUUUGGAGUCUGGGAUGUCUGGGAAAACUCAGAGCGUUCAGACGUAUAAACCACCUCCAGGCUCAAAAGGUUUUAUGAAGGAAGAAAUCAACUGGCAGCUAACCCUCACUGUGUUUUUACUCCUCUUGUUAAAUAACUCAUCAUUUCCUUAAAUGUCUGAGAGAGGCUUUCUCAUGGAGUUUAGUGAGGUUUAGCUAUCAGCCUGUAGAUCUGACAUGCAGGCUCCGGAGUGUGCAGGAGUCAGAUAAAAGAUCAGGUUUGAUGUUGGUUGUUUAACUUGGGAUAUUUCUGUUUGCGUUCGAGUUGAGGCUGCAAGAGCUGCUGAAGUUGCAGAUGAAACAAGUAAAAAUGUCCUUCUGCAGGCCAAACACUUCAGUUUUUAUCUUCUCCCUGCAGCACUUGGAUGAUGAAUGCACAAAGGAUGUAAAUAUGAACAUGUUGCCUUAUGGUCUGUUUUUUCAGUAUUGGUUCUUUAUGCCGUCUGGUUUUCUAGCCAGACCUCAGUCUAUUAAUUAUAAGUCAAUUAACUAGAAAUCCUGUCUUGGCCCGUGCAAAUGUUGCAGGCCCACAGAGAAAGUCACAUACAAGCAGCCAUAAUUUUAGAAAAUGCUGCGUCCUCCUGCUUUACUACAUGAGUGGAUCUUUUGGAGUGUGAUACAAGUCUUCAUCCAGCAGUGUAGCAGCUCACCAUGACUUGGCGAGAGGCUGCUGCUACUCUUUUCUGCUUAGUGGUCAGCAUCGAGGAGCUUUAGCCUUAAUGAAGCCUUCACAGAUGUGUAAGCUACCCAUGCAAUUGACACUGAUGAUCCUCAUACCAGGGAUAUCAGGGAUGCUGGCUUUGAAUUAUGAGCUGAGAACUAGCUGAGUUGAAAGUAUGACUUGUCAGACAACUUGACCAUUCCCCACUUUGCCUCGUGAACUCAGGUCCAGAGAAGUUGCUGACAUUUCCAGAUCAUGUUCAUAUCUGGUGUGCUGUAGUUGAAGAUCUGCAGUUGUGCACUGUGGAAUAUUUUUUCUGAGAUUGUUGAAGUAUUAGCUCAUGCAGUCUCCCGUAAAGUGGUGAACUUUUUCCCAUCAUUCUGAGAAACUCUCUGAAUGUCUUUUUUUAUACCCAGUCAAGUUACUGACCUGUUGCAGAUUAACUUCAAGUUGGGAUUUGUUCCUCCUCUUUUAAACCAUUUCACAACUUUCUCAGGGUUUUGUUGUCCCUUACUCAAGUUUUGGUAAACAUGUUGCUGCCAUUUAAACGAUUUACAGCCCAUUAAAAUCUAUUUUUAUCAAAAUUUUACACAACAUCCCAGCUUUUGGGGAUUAGGUCCAUUAUGAUCGCCAUUCUUCACUCCUCCUGGGUAUAGUUUGUCAGAAACAAACGGUUCUUCUACAUGAAACCUUCUAUUUUCCAGACUUUAGCUCUGAAGCAGUCAGGGUUGACAGUAAGGACACGGUGACUGAAACAGGCCGCUCUCCACGCCCAGCUAUGGCUCACACCUGCUGACCAGACCAGACUGGCUGCUCUUAUGAGCUGUAAUUUUGUGUAUUUGUGUAAGUGUGUGCGUGUACAUGUAUGCUGUCAUUUUAAUGGGCGUGUGUGGCAACAUGAGGCAGUUGAACCAGCCAAAACCACCAGAACACACAGCUCCCCAUGAGCCUAUCAACGUUUUACAGCAGAUUUACCUCAGCAGUCGAGCUUUUGGAGGGAAACUUACAGCCACGGUGAUGUUAAUAUCUUAUAUUUAAUCAUAUUCUCUUUUUGUCAUCCCACUUAUACAUGACAUAACCCGCAUCAGCGUUUGUUUUCCAUCUGAAUGAACUUGUUUUGUGAUGGUCUGUGAUGAUAAGUUAUCUCUGUGUCAGCUCACACACAAACUCUCUGCUGUGGUUGAUAUAGAGAUACGCUUCAUAUACUGGUUGAAGAGCUCGAGAGCCGGUGGUUUUACUGUUGAGGCCCAAAUUAUACUGCCCGCCUGGUAUGCAUAUAUCCCCCUGAAUGAAAUAUUUCCCAAAGCAACAUACUGCAUAUAACUGACAGUUUUGCAAAGCGACAGAUUUAAUAUAGGGAUAUACAUUGUUACCAACACUUAAUUAGGGGUGGGAUUCACCAGUGGCUCCACGAUACGAUACGAUACGAUAUUAUCACAUUUGCAAUACAGUAAGUAUUGUGAUACAAUAUAUUGUGAUUUAUACAAUUGUUUCACCUGUUUAGCUAAUUUUGCAUUUGGCUUUUCUUUAUGUUCGUCUUAUUGACACAAUAUUUUAUCUUCAUGUAGCACAUCUAUAUAUUUGUUUUACUAACUUUCUCCUGCUCUGUUAUGUCACCUCUGCCAACCUCACUGGACAAACAAUUGAUUUUAUUUUUGCAUUAUCAUAGAUUUGACUUCAUAUUAGAAAUUAAUUUGAAAAAUCAAUAUUUGGUAAAUAAGACGAUACAACAUAUCACCAGACAAAAUAUUGCGAUACUAUGCUGGAUCGAUUUUUUUCUCCCACCCCUGCACUUAAUAUCAAUAUGAGUGACACAAAAGUUAGAAAUUGGUUUUAUAACAUCCUUGUUUUGUCUCCCAACCAAAGAUAUUCCUUUAAACUGUUGUAAUUAAACAGGAAAAGUAAGAGUGUACUCUCUAAAAUAGGCUGGAAAAGUGGAUUUGAUAACUCACACUGCUAUUUUCAGUAGACAGCAGGUAAGUCAAUCCAUGCCACAUUAAAUAUGUGACUUUGGACUAAGAAAUAUUGGCACAUGUGAAUCAUCAGGAUUCCAUCAUCAGCAAACAAAUCUGGUGUUUGUACAGACCUUUGAGACAUCAAUCAGCCUCUUAUAGACUUCCACGUAUUUUGGUUUUGGGUGGACAGAUGUGACUCUUAGAUUUUGUGUCAAAAAUGAAGAAUUACGACAGAACUCUGCCCCCUAACAGUCUGCUCUUCCUCCCUUUUUACUCUUUAUCCUAAACUGCUGGUGUGAGUGAGUAAACAAAACCAUCUGCUGCUACAAUUAUAAAAUCAAUCAUUCUUUGUUUCCACACUGUUCAUUUUUCUAAAAAUGUCCUUCUGGACGGUGAGCAGAUGUUUGCUUUCACAACAAACCUUUAAUUAAACCAGGAUGAUAAUCACGUCUGAUGACAUGCUCACAGUGUUUUGAUAAAUGUUUACCAUCAUAAGAGGUUAGUGGUCAUCCAGGAUUGGUGAUUUUGUGAUUCAUCACCUGUUUUAAAUUGAUUGAUUGAUUUUUUUACUAGGUGAGCUGUUGAAAUGUUGUCCGUGCAUCAAACCUUUAACAGCUGUUUUGGCAGAAUUGAGAAUUAUCUGGAUGAAAUUAGUGUUCCAGGCACUUUUUUGCACCCCAGUGUUGACAAGGGCUGAUAAAAGACUUGUAUCUGGUCACUCUUGAACAACAUGACCUUUGUUUGAACAUUUAAACUGAUUACAUUUUCACUGUUUUGCAAACAUGCGAGGAAAGUGCAGGAGGGUGGGAAAGGAUGAGAUGUUCCUGAGACGUGUAAUUCUAAAACAAUAAAAGAUAUUUGAGUGAAAGCAGCUUUGACACCGAGAUAGAAGUAUUCAAUUUUUUUAUUUGCACAAAACACAAGAAACCAUUCAGGAGGCAAAAAGGAAAACAAAAGACUUUUGUUAUAAUCCAGUUUGGAGCAGCUCUGGCUCAUUCUUUACAUAGAGUCAGAAAAGUUCAUAGUAAUCGUGAGCAGGAAGCUAAUAUCUGUGUCACAAGAACUGAGUGUUCUAUGAUAUAUUAUUCUCAGGAUCAUCCAGCCAUCUGUCCUCUGUUUAUGUUUGUAUCUGUCUGUGGAGCCUUGAGUUUCUCAAGGAUGAACGAUGUGCAGACUUUUAUCUGCUGCUGGGAUCUGAAGUAGAUCUGUAAUAUUUGGAGAAUGUUUGUAUUGGUCACUGCAGCUUUUCUAACAUUUGUGACGGUUAUGUUUUUCUUUAGUAGAGACUGAUUUAUGUGCAGACAGAUGCAGCUGCCAUCCAGAUACAUCAUCAUCUGAGUAAAUAUACUGAUAUCAAUAUCAGUCAACUCUGAGACACUUGCAAUGCAGAUUGAAUAAACUUUAACCUAACUUUAGAAAAAUAAUCAGUCAAUAUUCAGGCGACUCUUAUUGUAUAUCUUUUGGGGUUUAGAAACUUUCUUUCUUCUCUGUAAAUAACAGCCUGAAUGUUCAGAGUAGAGAUGCACCGAUCCGAUAUUUGGAAUGGAUAUCGGCUCCAAUAUUGACAAAUUAACUAUAUCUGAUAUCAGAUGAAUGAUCCUGAUCCAGCGUUCCGAUCCAGUCUUUUUUUUUUCUUUUAAUUAAUUUUUUUUUUUAAUAAAUGGAAGUCUUACUUCUCUUUGCUGUGUGCUAAUAUGCAAUUUGUUAUUUGUUAAUAUAUCAUUUUAAGUAAAUUUAUACCUGCAUUCAUUUGUUACUUUUUUUUAACAAGGCUAACGUCAACCCUGAUGCCUUCACUCACAGGCCAAGUUGUACAGUUCAUCUAUUCAACAGUAGUAUUGGAUCGGUAUCAGAGGUAUCAGUAUUGGAUUGGAUCAGAAAAAAAUGGAUCAGUGUAUCUCUAGUUCAGAGGUUGUCUGUAAAAUGUCGAGUGCAUGUGUUAAAGAGGCCGUGUCUGCAGAAUUCAUAUUCGGUGAAUUUUUUAACUCAGAAGCUGAUUUGCUUCAUAUCUUGCCCUCAGCUUCCCCUGGUGUAGAAACAUGUAUUUCCAUAUGUCUUCAUUGGAAUAUGAGUCCAAAGUAUCAGAGAUAGUUUUACCAUAGACAUGUACUGAUUGGUUUUUGAAAGCCCCUGGAAGUUCAGCUUCUAGACAAACUUUUUUAAGACUUACCUUUUGUGAUUGUUGAAAAUAAAAUACCGCUGCUGGAGAUGAACUUCCUUCACCGAUAUAUCCUUUGUUCUUUUACUUUCUUUUUUUUAUGCCUUUGUGAUCCUGCAUUUCGGCGUCUCUCUCCUGUCUGUUUUUAACAACUCUACAGUCGGUCUUGUUUUCGUCGUCCUCCUGCCCCCCUGACCCACAUCUCCUCUGUCGACUCCACAGCUGCUUCUAAAUAAUGAUCUCAGCGCUCAGCAGUCUCCUGUUGCCAGAAAUAGCGCUGCUUUCUUUUCCAGACUUUUCCCGGCAUAAAUAAAGCUGCUGUCCUCAAGCCUUAACCUGUGUGCGUUGUGUGUGCAAGUAUGUGUGUUACAUGUGUACACAUGCAUGCAUAUGUGUUUCUCCUUAUAGGGUAAACGGGAACAUGUGGGUUCAGUUAUGUUCUUGCAGAGUAUUACAGGAACUGAGGAGAACUGUCUCCAGGCUCAGAGGGCCUCCAGGCUGAAAUGUUCAGUUUGUUUGGUUAAAGGAGUCACCGGUAGAAAAAAAAAAAACCUUAAUGAACUGAGGCCUGCUGUGGAGGUUCAGUCUGACAGGAGGAGACAGCACAGGUGAAAUACAGGUGUUCUAGUUAAAGUCCGACAUGUUCAAACACAGGUGAUCAUCCUGAAAGUUACUUGAAACUCCAGGAAAAACAUGUGCAGCUUCCGCUCAGAAAGAACAUCAGAAGUCUUAAACUUCUCCUGCCGCACAUCACAUUCUUGUGUUAUUUAUCAACUUGUUUUGUAAUCUCUGCUCUGCAUUUUUCCACUCUAUAUCAUCUGGACUAUUAACAUCACGUUACAGGGAAAGUAUCUUGUUUUGUUCUGGUCUAAAGCAACAAGUGUGCUGUUUGUUCCCUCAAGGUUAAACCAGAUAAUGUGUCCCAGAUUUUUAAACUUUGGUCACUCUGCUUUUUUUUGUGUUUGUCUGUAACUCGCUCUAAAGUAGGAUUUGAGUCUCCUUUAAGUUAAUUUAUUGUAAAUUCUCAGACUAGAGGGCUUCCUGAGCAGCACCCUGCUAAAUCCUCACAACCCUCAGGUCAAACAAACACCUGAUGACUCCGCCCCCUUUCUGCUCUUUGAGACUUGACUGAGCUUGAACGCCGCAGACAAAGACGGGACGAGCUUCUUUGUACUGCAGAUGUAAGACACUCCCUGAUCCUUUCACUGUGUGCAGACCUUACAAACACACCUACAGAGGUGGGAGCUUUGUCCUGGAGCUGUGGUGUGUUUGAGGUCUCGGCUUUCAGUCUGACUUCAUUUGAGUGUGAAAUAAAGAGGCAUGGGACAAAACCUUAAGCAAACAAAUCCCCUUGCAAAGAUAUUGAAUAGUUAAAUUCCUGCAUGUUGGGCUGUCUAGUUUUAGUUUGGAUGGCAUUGCAUCUGCUCAAUCAGCAUCAGGAAUCGUUGGUGGUGUUUAGUUUUCAGUCCUCAGCAGCUGUUUUUAAAGCUCUUCUUUCUGAUGUCUCUUUUGCCAGAUCAGCCUCUUCAGUGCUUCCUCAUCAUUAAGAGUCCCCAGAGGUCACUUCUUCAUCCCCAGGAUUUAGAUCUUUAAAACUAAACAGCUGACUGUAAUUGUUUUUAGAAAGGAGAGGAAAAUACACAGCUGUCUGCAUGAUUUCAGAUGCAUGCUGUGUCAUCCAGAUCCUGUUGGACCAAAAACUCCUCUAAUCAGUUUCACAAAACUGAUUCUGCUGCAGGAGGAGGAAUUGUGACUAUUUUGCUGACACAUUUAUGCUGGUUGGGUUGGAGUGUCUCAGAGGUUGUCUGCAGGCUGGAUUCGACUGGGGCAGUUAUGGCGGUGUAAAGUUAAAGUCUGGCAAAGAUGUUUGGGUAAAAUUCAAGACUUUAGAAAUCCCACAGUGCCGUUUUUGCUUGAUUGUUAGAGCAGGCACCUUGUAUACAGAGUUUAUAAUCCUCGUCAGCUAUCGUCUAACACUCUAAAGCUGUCCUAUCAAAUAAAAGGAAAAAGCCUAUUAAAUAAUCUUGAAAAGAAAAUCUGUAUUUGUUUUCAGGGGAUCUGUAAAACCUGCUCAUUAAAUAUCAGGUUAAGAGAUAAAUAAUCCUUCCGAAGAAGCCUAACUUCAGUAGAAAUAAACCCAUUGCCCCAGGCGGAACUUUACCGUUUCUGUGGCUAAAAAGAGAUUUUCUUAAUCCUUUUAAUUGACGUCUUUGGGAUGACUUCCAUCAGUCACAACAUGUAUUGUGAAAUAAACAUGUCUAAUCAACCUUAGCGAGCAGUGUUUACGCUCAUUCUCCAGAAAAAAUUGGUGUAAUUAUCAGUUUUUCCCGGCACUGUGAGGAGUGUCAACAACUAAAACGCUUACACAGCAAAAGUCAGCUUUUAACAAGCAGCUUGUUAUGAAACGGAGGUCACAGAGGGAUCAUUGUGUCUCCGUGUUUCCCCUCUGUGAUUUUUUUUUAUAGUCCUUUGUCUUCUGCUCGCUGUGAGUAACCGUCAGAGGACGUCGAGGCAUCCUGUGAGUCGGAGAAUCUGGACAUAAAGACUGUUUUUCUUGGCUGCUAAUGACUGUUGUCUGUCAGCCAUGUGAUGUUAUAACCACGCGUCAGAGCUGCUGAUGCCUGUUAUUGAACCGGGUCUGAUCCUGCUGCAGGUUUUAGAAGAUUUAACCUCCAUACUCUGCAGGAUGCACGGUUAUUCUUCUUUUUACUUGCACACAAGUCAUAAAAAAGGAGGUAUUUGUUUCUUUUUAAAGGCUCCUAACCCCUCACGUCUCCUACGGACCAGAUAUUGGCUCUCUGUUUAUUUCUGAUGUGCAGCAGUUUGGCUCUGCACACAGCAGAGAGCCUGUGCCGACCUGCAGACUUUUAAGGGUCCACAUUUUUUAGCUGUUUGAUCCAGACAGACACACGCACACAUAUAAAAGCAAGGCGGCAAUAUUGUUUAAAGAGCCGUCUAAAGGGAAACAUAUCAGCAAGAAAUUGGCUUGUUAGUCGGAAACACACAGCACUGAAGUCUCUGAAGUGUAGUCUGUGGAAAAACAAGUGGGUAAUUGUGAGCAGAGGAGACUAAAAUUAUCUUCACUCCUGACUCAGCUGUUUAGUGAAGCAUUUGUUGGUCUUUUUAUGCUUUUUGACUCGCUUGUCAUCUGGAGAAAGACCCGUAAAAAUUAUUUUAUGUAUCUCUUAGAAGCAUCUCGUGAGUCUUAAAGGAAAUAUGACCCCAACUCCAAAAGAGUUGGUAUGUUAGACAAGAUGAUAUUCACACAGAAUCUGAUAGUUUGCAAUCUUUUAAACUAGGGCUGGGACGAUAGGCUUUUCUCUGAUUUUUUUGGACACCACUUCGAUUGAAAUUGCAAUUCUACGAUAUUGUCGAUUUUUAGUCUGCAUUUGUAACACCAGUGAAACAGUUGAAUGAUUAUAAUUGUCUACUGACUUUUCCAGGAACCAUAUUUCCCCAAAAAAUACACAUCACAUGCAAGUCAGUUUUUAAGAUUUAUUCUUAAAUUCAAUCAAAAAUUGUCAAACAAAAAAUCGCGAUACUUAUGUGAAUCAAUUGUUUCUCCCACCCCUAAUUUAAACUUUGUCUAAUGUUGAUAAUAGUGCACAGACAUGGUAUUAAAUGUUGAAACUGCAAAACUUAAUAGUUUUAUGAAAAAUUUAUUUGUUGUCAAUUUUAUUCUAGCAACAGGUUUCAGAAAAGUCUGGACAAGGCAUGUUUGCAGACAGUUAGCCCCUGUCUACCUUAAAUGGGGUCGGCCCUGAGAAGUCACCAGCAUUUUUGGAUCAUGUUCCUUUAUAGUUUCCUCUCUGCGUCGUUCCUAAUGUGGUGACAUCCACUGCAGAGCUGUGUGUUUUUUGGUGCAUUGUCACCAUUGGGCCUGAAAAUCAAGGUUGUUUUUGGUCGUUUUUUGCAUUAGACAUCGCUCUCAGUGUGUUGCUGUCCCUGCGCUGUUUUGAAACAUAUGCUAUCAUCAAAUUGAGCAUAAGCAUACUGCAUAAAACAAAACAUUGAAAUGUUUCAUUUUUUGUUUGCUUUAUAAGAUUUUUAGGAGUCUUUUUGACCUUUUAUAAGACAGGAAAAAACCGUGGAUAGGACAGGACACAGGGAGGGAGAGAGUACGGAGCGACAAACAGGAAAGGAGUCACAGGUGGGAUUUCAACCCAGUCUUCCUGUGUGUGUCCUCAAUAUAUUUAAUUUUCAAUAUUUUAUAAGUGGUCAUCAUUGCACUCUUUCAGUUUAACACAAUGCUUAAACGAUUUACAAACCAUCAAAACCUUUUUUUUAAUUCAGCAUUUAAAACAAUGCCCUCAUUUUUCUUAAAUCAGGACUGUAUUUGUAUUAUGCUUUCAACACCCAUAUAAUUCCUCAAUCAUAUUUGCUGUUUUAAAACAUUGUGUAUUUUACUGAAGUGUUGUGUUGCUCAUGAGGGUGUUGUCUUGGUUACCUCACUCCUGCGUUAAUCUUAAUAAUGCCAAGCUAAGCUAAACUCUUUUCACUAUGGUGGUGCAAUGUUUUCAAACUCACGGUUCAAAAGUGCAUCUCAUGGUUUAAACAGAAGUCGGAGAGACAAGAAUACCAGGAAAUGAAAAUAGAAAUAAAUAAACCCCCAAAUAUUCCAACAUAUAUACUGAUAAUAAAACAGAAAGGCAUAUUAGCUAUUAGACUUGGCUGAAUCCAAUGAAAAGUAAACUUCAUAACAAAAAGGCAUGAAAGUGGGUUCUUUCAUUUGAUCCAAAUCUUAGAGAAUAACAAUACUGGUGCAUUUUAGGAGUAAUAAACUGCUUAUUUCCAAACAGAUAUACAGAUAUUCCCUUUUUGCUCAGAGCCAAGGAUACCUUCUCUUUCAGCUAAAGAUUUGUGUGCAGUGACUGUUGUCUAUUGGUUUCUCUUGUCCUGUACAGAAAGGUACUGGAAGUGGUAAACAAGGACCACAGUCUGAACCCACAGGAACCUUGUUUCCUCUCAGUAAAUGUCUCACUUCAUCCACCUGCUUUCAGGCUUUACACAGUUCUGCUGUAGAAGCACGAGAAAAUCAGGAUAAUGGUGCUCUCUGCUUUUGGUGGACUUCUCCUGAUACUCCUGCACGUAUCCUAGUUCCUCUUAACUGCAUAAAAUGUGGUAUACAGUGUCAGGCGAUGAUGCUUGUCAACAACAACGGUGUAAUGCUCUCAGAAAUCACACAUAUGACACAAUGGAAUUGAUUUAUUUUGCAUAUUUUUAAUCACACUUGUCCAAGGAAGGUAACACAAAGUUCAGUACUACAGACAACAGAUGACAAAGGUUUUGUUUGCUUUUCUAGGUUAUAAAAAGUCAGCAAUAAUUCUUUCAGCAUAACCUAAAACCUUCUCAUCCUUAAAGUAAUCAGUAUGGAUGAGGGAAACAGUACUACAUGGUUUCCUGGCUUUGAGCUCUGCUUGAUAUUAGCUUAUGUCUGAAUUUAGUCCUCCGUUGAGUGCCUUGGCUCUUUGCAACCUCAGGAAGUAUUUAAACCCUCUAAAUAAUUUUUAUUCGCAACUCCUUAGCUAUCAAGUCUGCUUAUUUUUCCUGUCUGAUUAGCUAAAGUUUCAGUAGCCCUUGGAGACAGUCAGAUUGUGUGUGUUUUGUCUCUUUCUUAUCUUAUCAGAACAGUAUGUAUCUGAGUCUGUGACCCUGAAGGAGGAUUAGACAUCAUUCCUCAGUGACAGAUUCGCUGACUGACGGUGUUCACACUUUGUGUCCUCUCAUAAACCCACAGAAACGUCUCUGCUCAGAGAAACGAAACAAACAGGUCCUCCUUUUUCAGAGGGAAAAAACUGGUUUUGACACCAGUCCUCAUGUUGGGGGGUUUUUCGUCCUGACCCUGUUUUGCCUCUUCAGCAGUUUGGAUGUUGGCUGACUCGUCGUGUUUACAGAAGCUGCUGUCACUCUGGAGCUUUCGCAGGGCUUAGCUCGCUGAUGGUUCCUCUUACGGGUUGUUGUUUGUGGUUGUUGUUACUGUCGUGAAAGCAUCACUUCUGCCUCCAUCACAUGUGUAAUUGAAGUGUGCAGGAAAACUGAAAACAUAGUCAACCACAAAUGAGAAGGAAUUUCUCUCUAACAGUCGUGACAGAUGAGCACGUUCUGAAAAAGACUUAAAAGAUUUUUAAAAAGCGUUUGAGUGUUAAAUCUGAACCCAGUUAAUCCCAGCUCUGCACCAAGCUAUUUUUAAACGCAGUAUUUUUCAAAAUAAAUUCCAAUGUCAGAAUAAAAUAAGAGGAUUUUUGCCUGGUACGCCUUCUCAUUUGAAACAUGUGGUGUAAGGCUGUUGUUAAACUCUGUUAAACUGGUUUUGCAUUUGCCUUGUUUUUUGAAUUGAAUCAAAGAUGUUUUAUCACGCACAAACUAAGAUUCAGAGGUAUUAAAAAUGUGACAAACCAACAGGAAAAUUUUUUUUAUUUUUUCUGGACGCUGGAGCAUGCCGGUUAAUUUCAGCACAAAUUAACCCAGGCUGGAAAGGAAGUCAGGCACAGACACAAAAUAUAACAUCCAGCUUCUUUUCAAAAUAAAACACUCUGUGUUUCAGGCAGAUCGCAUUUCACACCAUGCAAACCCACUGGAAACGAACAGGUGAAAGGUUUUUAGACAGCAUUUCACCCCGAUGACACCAUGGAGAUGUUGGUUCUAGAAGUUUAGAAGUGGAUUUCCUCCUCUGGAAGGAUACAAUCUACUGCUUAUAUGGUUAUGUGGCUGCCUUUAUAGAGACAACUCUUUAUGGCACGAUUGCACGGGAAUCCGCAGGUUCUUGUGAGUUCUUGCGAUCCCUGCUGUCCGUCAUCCGCCACGAAAUUCACCUCACAAACAGAUCCAAUAGGAAUUGGCGGAUGGCAAAAAUUGCCGCCUUUCCUGAUCGGAGCUGUUCCAGGUACAUGUAAAUUCGGGGUCAUAGACCGGCUGUCGUAUAGGCCAGAUAAGUCAGAAAUUAAGAGAAUUACCCAACUAAUGCCAUUAAUUUUUUUUUUCUUUGGUUUCGCUGUUGUACAACUGGAGGAGGAAGUGACUCAUCCUUUUAUAUAAAGAUACGGGCUUGAGUCAGCAUGAUUGGUGUCUGCUUAAAUUAACUGUUGAGUGCUUGAACUUAGAUGGAAGCGAGGACCUCACAGGUGACCCGCUCUCUCAAAAUGCUAACACCACAGAUAUUAAUGUAACUACUGCACUUUCAGAGGCAUCUUUGGCCAAAAAGAAUUUAAAUCUGAGAGGGUGUCAGAAUUUGGACUUAAAGUUUUGACCAAGCCUUAUCACAACACUGUGUCUAAACUCUAGAAAACCACUCAAUAAUGGGUUAAAGCAGCAUUUUGUGCCUGUUCAUGUCAUCACAUUUUAGUCUCGGAUUUAUCUUAAAUAUAUGUGAAGUUUUCUGUCACACACACACAGACAGCAGAGCAGAAAAAACCCACCCUGAAGCCAGUCUGAGCCAAGGACCAAACAGUAAUCUUAGCCCACAGCCCACUGUGUAAUUACAGUGAGUGGUUCAGUGAUAUUGUUCUGCCGUCAUUUUAAGUCGUACAGUCAGAUUCAGUGUUGGUUCUCAGGCUCAGGGAGGGGACGAGUGUGUGACUUAAAUUGAUGCCCCAAAGCUCUCUGUCAUUUGAUGUCUGGACUUUUAAAAUUAAAUCAGUCACAGCACCAACAACACUAGACUGUUUACAUGUGGUAUUAACUCCGAAAGAGCAGGGCGCUUUCAAUUUAAACGUCCUUUCUCUACAAUCCUAACUGUGUGUCUGCAAUUCAGUUACAAAGAUAAUACUGUAAUUCAUAAUACUGACAAGUUUUAUUGUACUGAUUUGAUUUUGGACUUUUACUUGGAUAAAAAAAGUGAUUGAGAGUCACCACAUCACAUUUUUGAUUCUUACUCAAGCCUAUUUAAAUUAAGUAGAAAGCAUUUGCAAUCAUUGUCCACAUUAGCCUCUAUUCUGGAUCAAACAUUACAGCUCAGAUUUGCAGAAAAUGACCAAAUUAUACAUAAACAAUUGAAUGUUUAAGUUGUUAACAAGCAAUUAAAUUCCUUUAUUUUUCAUAUCACAGUAUACACUCACCAGCCACUUUAUUAGGUACACCUGUCCAACUGCUCAUUAACACUUAAUUUCUAAUCAGCCAAUCACAUGGCGGCAACUUAGUGCAUUUAGGCAUGUAGACAUGGUCAAGACAAUCUCCUGCAGUUCAAACCGAGCAUCAGUAUGGGGAAGAAAGGUGAUUUGAGUGACUUUGAACGUGGCAUGGUUGUUGGUGCCAGAAGGGCUGGUCUGAGUAUUUCAGAAACUGCUGAUCUACUGGGAUUUUCACGCACAACCAUCUCUAGGGUUUACAGAGAAUGGUCCGAAAAAGAAAAAAUAUCCAGUGAGCGGCAGUUCUGUGGGCGGAAAUGACUUGUUGAUGCCAGAGGUCAGAGGAGAAUGGCCAGACUGGUUCGAGCUGAUAGAAAGGCAACAGUGACUCAAAUAACCACCCGUUACAACCAAGGUAGGCAGAAGAGCAUCUCUGAACGCACAGUACAUCGAACUUUGAGGCAGAUGGGCUACAGCAGCAGAAGACCACGCCAGGUGCCACUCCUUUCAGCUAAGAACAGGAAACUGAGGCUACAAUUUGCACAAGCUCAUCGAAAUUGGACAAUAGAAGAUUGGAAAAACGUUGCCUGGUCUGAUGAGUCUCGAUUUCUGCUGCGACAUUCGGAUGGUAGGGUCAGAAUUUGGCGUCAACAACAUGAAAGCAUGGAUCCAUUCUGCCUUGUAUCAACGGUUCAGGUUGGUGGUGGUGGUGUCAUGGUGUGGGGAAUAUUUUCUUGGCACUCUUUGGGCCCCUUGGUACCAAUUGAGCAUCGUUGCAACGCCACAGCCUACCUGAGUAUUGUUGCUGACCAUGUCCAUCCCUUUAUGACCACAAUGUACCCAACUUCUGAUGGCUACUUUCAGCAGGAUAAUGCGCCAUGUCAUAAAGCUGGAAUCAUCUCAGACUGGUUUCUUGAACAUGACAAUGAGUUCACUGUACUCAAAUGGCCUCCACAGUCACCAGAUCUCAAUCCAAUAGAGCAUCUUUGGGAUGUGGUGGAACGGGAGAUUCGCAUCAUGGAUGUGCAGCCGACAAAUCUGCGGCAACUGUGUGAUGCCAUCAUGUCAAUAUGGACCAAGCUCUCUGAGGAAUGCUUCCAGCACCUUGUUGAAUCUAUGCCAUGAAGAAUUGAGGCAGUUCUGAAGGCAAAAGGGGGUCCAACCCGUUACUAGCAUGGUGUACCUAAUAAAGUGGCCGGUGAGUGUAUAUUGUGUGAAUGAAAAAGAACUGCAGUAUUCGUUGUUUUCCGUAGCAUGCUGCCUUGCUGUUUAGCCUUGGAAAGUCAGAUUCUGAAUAGGUAAGAAAUGGCUGACAUUAGUCCCUCUGCUGGAUCUUGAUUCAAAGCUAAGGACUUCUGUCAUCUAAAGAAAACUUUUUCAGGGUCAGCUGAGGUGCUUUUGGCAUCUGAUUCAAAUGCCCUCAAGUUACUUUGGAUAUUUUCAAACUGGACAAGUACUGGAGCUGACCCAGGAGCUGGUUUCUGGAGGAGUUGGAGGAUGUGGGCAGGAAGGAGGAUAUCUUAUUUAUCUUUGUUUUCCUGCUGGUUUUUGGGAUUGAAAGUGAGUCACACGAAUUCCCUCUAAUUAACUUAAAAUGCACCAGUGUGCUUUGUUACCUCUAAAUAUGGAUGAUUUGAAACAGUCUCUUUCCGCUGAAAAACCAGAAAGUUUGUCCUGUUUGAUCUCAGACUUCAGGUCUGCUGCUUUGGUUUAAUAUUUUCCUUCAUUCAUAAUUCAAAAAGAUAAAUUUGGGGUCGGAUAAUAACAUUCUUGAGGGUUCCUCACAGGAUAUAACCGUAGACAGAAAAAAGCACUUCUAUCUUUUUUUAUCCUCUCUCUGACUGACUCGUUUCCUCUUCACUUUCUUUUUAAAAAAGUGAGAAUUCUCAAUGUGGUGCAGGAAAACCGCUCUGCACCACAACUAUUUCAAAUAUUCAGUGAAGUUUCGUCAGCUGAGAGAAAAUAGGCCAGAGCUGCAGACUGGAAGAGGAGAUGUAAGGGGUUAGAGGCCGUGUUUUCUUUCCAUGCACACACACACACACCUACAGACACACACUCAUACACACACACCCUCUGGGACACAGGCAGCUCUUUGACCGCUGCAGCAGGAAGUUUUUCUCUCUUUAGGUCAACAGUCAGAAGGACAGAGAGCAGUUUUUUUUAAUCCCUUCAUUCACUGCCUCUGCAUGCUACCGCUUCAUAUCACGCUCUGCAUUCUGAAUGAGGGUGACUGAGUUCAGUUUACAGCCUCUCAAACUCUGCAGAAGAUCAUCCCUGCAGACACGAUCAUCCUGGCCUGCUGUCAAACUGAUAAAUGGAAGAGUGAAAGAAUCUGAUGUUUGGGACAAAAAACAUACUAAUAACUAGGGAUGGGGCUGAUCGAAUCCAGUAUCAGUAUCGGAUAGGGCUGCACGAUAUAUCGUUUGGGCAUCAUUGUAGAUGUCGGAGGCGAAUAAACUCAUCUAAUUUCAAGGGUAACUGACUGAGAUACAGUGCAUGUGACUCUGCAUGUGCUGUGCUGCGAUCCACCAAUCACAUUGGUUCUUUACUCAGUUGUCAGACUACCCUGCCAGCCGUCAAUCAAAAUCAAAGAGGAGGAAACCACGCCCCUGCACACAGCCUGCACAUGGAGCGAGAGGUGCUGCCGGUGUUGUGUCCGCUGAGAUUUACUUUCGGAACAUUACUCAUCACUGUUUAGCCCCACAAACUAGAAUUUUAUGGGUUUUAAAUUUUACAUUUCCGUGGACCACUAUAAGCGGUGCGGGCUUUGCAAGGUGCAUGCAAUUCUCAUCCGGCAUGCGUUUCUCGUCAAUGAGACAUCCAUUCUGCAGUUUGCAGCCAGGCAGCAAUCAGGCUAGCAUUGAGCAGCACUGGGGCGAACGAACGUUUCUACGUAACAUGUCUCCUGUGUGGAAAUAUUUUACAGUCGAAACGCCGCAAAGUAAGUCAGCAAUGUGCAAUGUUUGCAAAGCUGUUAUUCCGAGAGGCGGAACCUCCGCUGUGACGUACGAUACCACUAAUGUAAUAAAAAAAAAAAAAGCACCGCAUUAAAGAGAACGAGGAUUUUUUAGCCAGGGGACAGAAAGGGUAAAAGAGCCGCCAGGAAUUACUUCUGGAGUCAUUCCAAAAGCAAAGUACUUCCAGCAGACAGCGUGAAAGAUAAUCAUGAAUAAACAAUAAUGAUCAUAAUGAUGGUAAAGCUAACAGAGCUCUGGAAUCAGAAUGAUAUCGGUAUCAGCAGAAAUCCGAAUUCAGGUAUAGAGAUUGGAUUGGAUGUAAAAAAUGUGGAUCGGUGCAUCUCUACUAAUAACAAAAGGCGCAAGUAUUGUGUAGAGAGUGAAGUCAAAGUUGGUUGAGGUACCAACAGCUGGGCAUAUUUUCAACAUUUUGGCUGAUCCUUUACAGUGCUUCUAAAUUUAAAAUAAAAACAAUAACUUAACUCUACCUCUCUUGAGAGAAAGCUCUUUUCAAUCACCUCAUGCUUGACUGCCACCCAAAGCUCAGGCAACAGGUAAAGGUUGGAACUUAGAUUGACAGGUAAACCAAAAUCUUAGCCUCAAGCUCAGCUCAUGCCACACCAAUCCUUCUGUCAGUCUCACAAUCCGUUUUUAUCCUUGAGAAAAAACACGUCAAGACACUUCCCUCAUUUAGGGCAAAGACUCUCUCUCUAUCCAGAGAGAGAGGUGUCCACUGUUUUCAGAAAGAGUAGAGAGUAAUAAAGGCACAAACUUAGUGCAGAUGAGGUUAAAGGCCCAGAAGAGGUUUAGGACGAUAGCGAUAGAGGAAAAAAUAAAAAUUAUGUUGUAAAAUAACUUCUUAAAAGGGAGACAUGAAGCAAAGCACAUUAGCAAAUCUUAAGAGGACUCAAUAAUGGUUCAUAAAUACAAAUAAACAGUCCCCAAGACUGUUUCUCAACUUUGUAUUUUGAUCCUAGUGUCCCUGCCAUCUUCAAUCUUUUCUUAUUCAGGAUCUGAUACCCCUCGGUAUUUUAAUCUGUUUAUAAUCUUUAAGAGGCUCAUGACACUUUAUGUAAGUAAGUAUGUUGGUGGUUUGGCAUUUAAUAUGAUUUGUUUGGUUCCAUUUAUAUAAGCCUCACACACAAUCAGUAAUUCAGAAACUCAAAGAAGCUGUCUAAUUGCAGGAUUGAAUUUUAGAAAUAUGACGGUCCCGAGGCUCAGUAUGAAGCCCAGCGACUCUCUGAAAAAAAACAGUGUCUAGUUUAAUUCAAAUUGUGUGCAGAUUGUUUCUUAUUCUUCCACCACACGCUCAAUGAAAGAGAAAGGGGGGAUGAUGUGUCGAACACUUCUCUGCACGCUCUGUCGCUGUGGAUGGAAAACAUUUGGAUGCUGGCCACAGUCUGCUGCUUCCAGACGUCAGAUAAGAUUUGCUUUUGGAAAGAUUUUGUAUAUUUUUCAUGCUUUAUAUGAGAAGGGGCAGCAUGAGGUGAGCUCCAGUUUGCUUUUUGAGCCCUGACCGUCUGGCACAUUUACAGAUUCGAUGUAACAACCAUCCCUCCAAAAAUAACCCAACAGCUCAUUUCCUCUUCAUAUAAUCUCCAAAUAUUUACUGAAGCCUGUGUAAAUGGAUGUUGAAAUCCAGCGUGUCUCCAGGCAGAAAAUGUGGGAAUGUUGUUCUCUGUGCUGUAUCAAGGUGGUUUAGUGAGGAAUAGACUUUGGAUCCCAUAAUUACGCCUUCAAAAGGAUUCAGUCUGACAGAUGAAAGAGCUGGUGAUUUCUUUUUCAUUACAUUUUCCAGAGUCUGAUUCUUCUGUAGCUGUCGGUGCUAACCACAAGAGAAACAGGAGGAGGAAUAAUCUCAGAUGAAUUUAGUAUUUGAGGCUUAAAAAGCUCUCUUUAGGCUUCUCCGCACUGCAGUCACACACAUUUGACUACAAUAACAUACAGUUUAAGGGUUAUAAUACAUAAAUGAAACAAAAUUUUUCCCACUCUGCAUGUUUAAAACCCCAAUCUUGAAAGUACGGUUGCAAACUUUGUUCCUAUGACAAAAACAAUACUCUUUCCCUUUUCAUAUUAUAAUCAUUAUUGAUUUAAAUAUGUGGGGGGGUUAAAUUGUUUGCUUUUAGAGUAUUUUUGUAUAUAUUUAUUGUCUUUCUUAUAUCCGUACUUGCUACUAAAUGACAACUGAAUUUCCCUAUGUGGGGAUUAAUGAACUAUCUGUCUGUCUGUCUGUCUGUCUGUCUAUCUAUCUAUCUAUCUAUCUAUCUAUCUAUCUAUCUAUCUAUCUAUCUAUCUAUCUGUCUAUCUGUCUAUCUGUCUGUCUGUCUGUCUGUCUGUCUGUCUGUCUGUCUGUCUGUCGGUCAAACUAUUUAUCAUCUAUCUAUCGUAUUGAACUAUCUAUCGAACUAUCUAUCGAACUAUCUAUCUAUUGAACUAUCUAUCUAUUGAACUAUCUAUCAAACUAUCUAUUGAACCAACCAACCAACCAACUAACCAAGACAAAGCUACAAAACAGAGAAUUUUUUUUUUUUUUUUUAAUGUAGUAUCUUUUAACCAGAUGGCAGCAAAAUACGAAAAAUUUCAGGAAACUUAUUUACAAUCAGAGUCAAAGUCUUCAAAGAGGAACCAACAUGGACUGAGUGAGGGGACUGGUAGCUGCAUUGUUGUACAUCGUGUCUAAGCUUUGAGAAUAGAUGCGUUAAAAAGAUAAAUUUUCAGAAUUGAGGAACCAGCCUUCUGUCUGAGGUCAAAGUCUCAGUUCAAUUUGUUUCUAACAGCUUCCUCCUGUGUCAUUUGUCUGCUCGUCCAGACUGACUGAGCGUUUGGCGAAACGUCACAGAAAAGCUCAAAACAAGAGGAUUGAACACGCUCCAUAUCUCCUCCUCUGUCACAGCUGUCUUUUUCAUGAGCUCUGUUUAAUCUGGCGGUCAGAGAAUCAAAAUGUCCUGAAGAUGCAGCCAAAAGAAAUGGAACGACUCAGCAGCUCAAUAACCUAAAGAAUGUGGUGAUUGAGAGCCAGUGGACGUUCUCCAAACAUCUGUUUCAAGGCAUGAAGAUGGAUCGGAUCGAAGCUUUUGUGUGCUGGUUUAAUAUCUGUCAUCUUUAGAGAAGUGUGAUAGGACAGAGGCCAUCUGAGUGGAGGAAAAAACAUGCAGCACCUGACCAAAAAUAAGAAAGGAGAGGAAACCAACAUGAUUAAUCUCAGGUAUAAUUAUAGGGAGAGGAGGAUGGUGUUUGUUGACAGCAGACCUGACAGCAGUUUAAGACUUGUUGCACAAAUAUCUAAUAUCAGAGUCACUUCAACUCUCAAAACAAACACCCUCUUCUCUCCCUCUCACGCAGUCUUUUAAGGCCACAUUCCCAGUGUUGGUACCGUGACUCAGCCGCAUGCCACUCAUCAUGCCAACCUCCACUGGCUGAUGUUUGGGAGUGGUUCUCCAGACUCUUAAUCACACAGAAGAAAAAUAUUUUGAUCAGUUUCUCCACCUUAGCAUGCUCAGUUCUGCAGUUUAACAAUAAAGCAGGAAACAUGUUCAAACAAAAAUAGAAGGAACUAAAACACAUCUAUGAGUCGAGACAGCGUGUUGCACAACCCUGACCACUUAGCAGAUGAUUAGACCAGACGUUUCCCUGUUCCCCUUUCAUUCGCAGACGUCUCUGUGACCUGUUUAAGGAUCUGGGUUUAAUCACUGACUCUGUUGGACUCCCUGCUGUGUCUUAGGCUGAUCAGCAACGUAAUCUGUUCAUUCGUAUCCUCCCAAAAUCAUAAGAUGAGUGCAUGUUGGACAGAAGGAGCAGCCACUCCUAGACAGACAGUGAUUUCACAUAUUAUUGACCCAUUUUCUUCAUGGCCAAAACUGGCGUUAUGUCAUCACUGUUCUGUCAUUAUUUACUGUUUCCAUUUGAACUGCAAACAAAGAAAUUUUUAUGGCAUGAUUUGGCAAAAUAUGUGCUCCACUUAUCCAAAAAGAUUGAUGGUGUAACAAAAGGAGUAUUUCUUAAAUGCACAUUUUGACUCCUAUCUCUGAAAUUUGGACUGAUGUAGGUUGUAAAUGAUCAACUAUGCUCUCCGUCAGUUAAACUGUCAAUUAGUAUCAAACCUGAUUAACACCCAAACUACCAAGGCAGUCUUUUUGACUACUUUCAAAAUUUACAAUGUCCUAACCUCUUAACAAUUAAACCUAUACACCAGUCCCACCCUGACUUUUCCUAAAUGUGUGUAUAUUUUAUUCUAACAUUGUUUUAUAAUUUUAUCAUUAAAACUUCAAAACACAAAAGAGAUCUGAGUAUCACCAGAGUAGUCAAAUUGACUACAUGCUUUUUACAAAGGGUGUUCUAUUUCACUAUUUGCUACAUUUUCCCGCUCUUUCUUCUGCUCUAUUGUUUGUUUUGUAUUUUGAGCUCUGUGAAGCUAAUAUCUUGCUAUAACUUUACUAAAAACUCAAGAGAGUCAAAUAUGACAACUAGAAAAAAAAUGAACGUAUGGAGGCUUGCCUUGCUUCAGCAAGUUCAGGGAAUGAUAUGUCUUGGUAUUUUGAAAAAGGUUCUUAAAAAUCUCCUUCAUUAUGAUUUUCAUUUUGUAUACUGAUAUGUUUUUUUUAUCCAUUCCACCAAUUUAUUAUUAGUUUUUAUCAUUGAUUAUCCAAAUUAUGUGCAAAUAAAGACUGAGCAGUCAAAAUGGCUCUUAGUUGCAGAAUUUUUGUAGACCGAGUGUUAAAUCUGAUCAACUUAAUGGUCUGUGUGAUUUUAGCACAUCGACAAACGCCUGAAGUGUAAUGUCAGUGUCACAGAAAUUGUUCACUCUCAAUCAUCUUAUUUGGUUCAUGUCACCAAACUCUAGUUUAAGGUCCCAUCUCUGUUAUUAUAAACUAUUUAAACUAACAGUAAGCAAUAAUGAUUGGGUCUCUGUUAAGACUAAUUAAUUCAUCAAUAUAUCUAUGUAGGCUGAUAGACUCACUAUCUUCAAGGAUUGCACAGUUAUCGUUGUAGUUUUCCAUGUAUCUACACUGCAUCAGUCCAGCUGUUUGUAUGGAUAGAGAAACCUUCCCACUGCUCUGUGUGUUGUUCACAUGUGAUUUAAUGGCACCAUGCUCUGUAGUGAAGCCACAUGUUGCUUUUACAACAGCUCAGCUUCACUUGGGAGUUCUGUUAGAGCAGUUUGAUGCUCCUGGUCAUAACCAGUCGGCUUGUGAGCAUCUCAAACUUGCAGCAGCUGUGUUCAACUGCAUAUUUCUUUUUGAUGCAGUCCAUGAAAUCCUAAAUUUGCUCCACCUGCAGCCUGCCGCUGUCCUCUCUGUCCUCCACUCUUUAUCCAUCUGAGAUCACAGCCUGAUCAAUGUGGCCAUUGUGGAGGGUCCUGCAACAGCAAGUGUGAAAUGAGCUUGCAGAAUAAUGUGUCCCCGUCUACAGCUGCUGUCAUCCCUCCUUCAAGGAUUCCUCUUUUCUCUGAAUUGAGCGGGACUAAUCAGAGCAUCAGCAUGACCCUAUCAAACACAGCUUUCUCACUUAGGGCCUUUUGUUGGAUUUAUCCUCAGGGAAAAUAACAGAGUGUGCUGUGUAUGGUGGUCAGUGCUAGUGAAGGAUGUGGAUGAGAUCAACAGCUCUGCACAACUCCAGCUGUUCCAGUUGUUCACUGUUGCUCAGGAAGAAAAUUCUUCUCUCAUGAGAGAGAAACUGACAGGUUGAAUCUUUGCACAUGUGUGCUCACCUUCUGAUAUACAGACCCAAGCAGAUUUGUGCCAAAUCUAACAAGAAUCAAAGGCUCUUUAAGAUAUUUUAUGGAUAUUUUGAGACACUUGCAGGAACAGACCUUGGCGAGCCCUCCAGGAGAGUCUGCACUGAUCUAGUAAUUGAUCCCGUCUCUUCCAUUUAGUCCCAUGUGCACUUUAACCCCUCUUGAUGAAUCUUGAAUUUUGUGAAGACACACACCUCAUGAUGUGUACUCGUGAUAAAACAUCAGGUCCGACUUGGUUUGUUUAAUCUUUGAUGCGUCAAAAAUGCCUCCAAGAACGAUCAUUGAUUAUUUUUGUCUUUUUUUGUCAUCUUUCUCUCUUAGGUCAUGGAGAGUGUCACUGUGGGGAGUGUAAAUGCCACGCUGGGUACAUCGGAGACAACUGUAACUGCUCUACAGAGACAUCCAUGUGUUUCUCAGACGACGGGCAGAUGUGCAGCGGGCGAGGAAACUGCGUGUGCGGACGCUGUCAGUGCACUGAGCCCGGAGCCUUCGGAAACACCUGUGAGAAAUGCCCCACCUGCCCUGAUGCUUGUGGCACAAAAAGGUAAAGCCAAUGGAGACUCGUGAGUUCUCAUUUUUCAAAAGUUUAUAGAGGAGGAAGAUGGAGGUGGAAAAUUGAAACAAGGUGCUGCAGCUUUUCCUCACAAAUCAGCUGCAGUGAUGUGGGGAAAAAAAAGGUCAAAUCAUCAAACACAGCAGGUCCAAAACUUGGAGUAAAACCUUCACAUAACUCACUCACUUGAGGUCUUAUCUUGACUUUGAUGAGGAGUCAUUCAGAUAACUCUCUUGACCCUGUUUGAACUUCAUCACUCGGUGAAGCAGCUCUGGUUCAUUGAGGUCAGGGAGAAAAACUCCCCAGACAAAAAUCUUCAGAAAGGACACAGUUACUGCUGUCUCCUCUCAGCAGACCUACUGACAUGAACAUGGCUCCUAACCUUUGACCCUUGAUUGGAAAGAAUACGAUAAAACUUUUGCGGCACAAUCCACAUCCUCUAAAACCCCAAAUGAUCCGACAGCUCACUUAACACGUCUCAAAAGUUUUCAUAAAAUCUGAGCUUCAAUUUUACUGAACGUAGAGUUUAUUGCAUGACUUUUAAAUUGGACCACAUUAGGAUCAGCUACCCAAUAAACUGGAGUCUGAGGGUAGAAAAACCAAGACGAGAUUAGUGUCACUGUGGACGGCCCGUCUGCGUCCUCAGAAAAACAAAAUAAUGAAUUUCAAAUGUGGAUUUUUUCACAAACUUGAUCCAUCUGUAAAAUGUCACGGCAGCCUGAAGUGGCUAAAUCGAGAGUAAAUGAAAUUACUGGCUGCUGUUUGUUUGUUUGUUUGAUUCUGCUCAGUUCAGCCAGUGUUCAGCUGAUCACAGCCUGCUGCCGAGAAACGUCUGGAGGUUUAAUGCUGCACAGCGGGGCAUUUUAACGGCUCACUCAAGAGAACAAAACAAACAUCGCUAAAGAAACACUUUUAGAGGACCGUGACAGCUCUCUGAGUUCUCUCUAGCUCAUAAAUAAAGAUUAAAGAAGACGGUUUUAAAGGUUUUGAGCAGAGGUUGUUUUUGACUCUGAUGCUGAACCCUCUGCUCUUUUUCAGGGAGUGUAUCGAGUGUCGGCUCUUCAACUCAGGACGACUCGCAGACAACCAGACCUGCCAGCGCCUGUGCAAGGAUGAAAUCAUCACUGUGGAGACCCUCAGUGAGUAAACACAAGCACACACACACAGAGACCAGCUGGCUGGCUGGCAGAGAAAAGUAUUCACAUCUGUAACAGUUUCACUUUUCACAGACAUUCCUCCAACACUGUCACUUUUUAUUUCACCUUUCACGUUGUUACUAUGCAGAAAAAGUUAAUAACUACUUUUUAACCUUAACCUCAUCUGUUUGGCUUCUCUGUGCCUGCUUUCAGGGGGUUGAGUUUUACCUCUUUACAGGAGCAUGGACUAAAUUUUUAAUAAUUUUAAAUGAAUGCCCCCUCCUGUAAACAUACAUUGGCGAUGUUCAUGGACUGACUCUUAUGAGCAACUUGCAAAACACUAGUUUGGCGGUUAUGGAGUGGCUGACAGCAGAGAUAGCCAAUCACUCACAAAAAGUGGCCCUGCAGCAGGCGAUUUUUUUUUUUGUAGGACGGUAGGGUAAAGUCCUGCCUCCUUGCCUCUGAUUGGCUAGAAAAGCUGGAAACGUCAUCACAUGCUCAAGCCAAACACGGGCUGUCGGCUCUGUACAUCAAACAGAACAUUACAGAACGUUAUCGCAUUUAUGAAUCUCCUAACCCUAACCCUAACCCUAAACAGACGAUGACAUUUCACAGCCAUUAGGAAUAACUAAUCGGAGCCCAGCACUUCUAGCCAAUCAGAGGCAAAGGAGGGCGGGACCUUCCCCUACCAUCCUACAAAAAUUUUGCCAAUCAAGGACCUUGUGGGCGGUCCAAGCAGAGGAAAACCAGUUUUCGGCUUGAGUGGCCAUUUGGUCCUAGUGCCUGACAUGUAUCGGUUUGCCAUAGUGUAAAGUAACAUUGUUUUCAGACGGUUAAAACUGCAGUGGACCAAAACGGGCUUUUGGAAAACUGCGGGGGGCAUGCCCUCCGUGUCCCCCCCACAAAUUACGUCCAUGUACAGGAGGCUUACAGAGCCGUCACAGCCCCACAUCUUUACCCAUUUCUACACUGAUGGAAAGUUAACAAUUCCAGUGUGGUGGAAUCUUUGGGCUCCAAAACGCCUCUUCAUAAUCCAAUAGGCUUGUCGCUCAGACUGCGUUCAUGUUUUAUACAACCUGUGGUCAAACCUGGUGCCCAGAUUUUGCCACAACUGGUGGAUUUGGUCCAGUUAAAUCGUCUCCUUUCUGGAUUCCUGUCUGUAGUUUCAUUGGUUGAGUCUGUCAAACAAUGAGACACAGAGGGAAGAACCAUCAUAAAAACUAAACGCAGCCACAAAUAGCCUCAGACCGCAGUAUUGACUAAUGAGUCCAGUAUUUUCGUUCCAGUUUAAUGAGGCUGUAAAUAUCAGAUGAUGGAUUGUCAGAGUGUAUUAUUAGCACUGGGUUUGGAUUAUUAGCGGUUUUAAAAUCCUAUUUUAGCCUCAAUCUGGUGUCCAUAUUGGUCGUAUCAACUCUUGCGUUAAGACUCAAUAUCUCAAUAACCUUUGAAAGUAUAAUGAUAAUUCAUAAACAAACAAACCAAUCGAUUCACUAUGGAAAUUAUUGAAAAUGAGGAUAUCUUCUCUCGUUUGAGACCUGAAACACUCCUCUCUGAUUGGAAAUGAAAGCACACCCACUGAGCCGGUCAGCGUGUCAUGAUCUCUGUGUUUUUACAUGACGGGCAUCAGUGUGGGCCUCUCACACCUCCACCUCACACAGCGGGCAAUAUCAGCCAACUGCACCCCCUCUGUUGGUUCAAAGAGUUCAAUCUAUUCAUGGAUAAAAACCUUCUACAGGAGAAUCCACCCACUGAACAAACAUGUACCUGCAGCAAAGAAUCACUCUCUUAUGAGUGAUUUGAAAAGCUGAAGAGUUUAAAGAGAGACGAGUGGAUCCAUCACUGGAGUUUUUACUUUCUAUUCUUUAAAUAUCCCUCUCAGCCUGGAGGGGGAGAUUCAGGAGAUGUUUUAGGAAUGUAUUAAUAAAAACACAAGCUGUGAUUUAUGGUCUUUAUGGGACUGUGGUGCAGCACGGUGCAGCGCAGAGGAGACUCAGCAGACUGACAGUUGUGUGUUUGGUUAUACAGACGGCUAUAAGAGCGCUCCAUAUCGGCCCGGCGUGGCCUCGGUCCAGAUGUGACGUCUUUCAGAGCAUUCCCCGCUAGUUCAGCCAUCUGACUGGCCCUAAUGGACUCCACAUGUACAUUCCAGAUACUUUGAGCAUGAAACAGAGGAAGAGGAGGAGCAAGAGGAAGAGGAGAGGGAGGGGGAGGAGGGGAUAUGGCUUCAUAACCUAGCUCCCUCCUGAGUCUGUUUGAGUGAUGAAGAUCAACUGGAAACUUGCAGAAUAUCAGCGUCCCGAUCGAGGAAUGUGUUUAUUUUUGAGCUUGAGUUGUGAUUUCACAGAGAAGAAAUUUAGACAAUUAGAUGAUCCUUUUUGAAAGGUUUCUGUUUUUCCAUCAGAGCGACAACUCUCUUUAGUUUUUCCUCAUCAGCUACUCACAUUAAAAUAAUCAACAAACUAAAACCUCCCAGAAACAAAUGUCAUUUUGAAACAUUUUUAGAUCUUUGGUAAUCAAACUGCACACUGGUUUGUAUUUAUUAUAUUACUGUCAUGUUACUUAGUGUUUUUCCACGAGUUUCCACACAUUUUCUUCAUCUCCUGUGAGGAGUUUUUGACAUUCAUGAGUUAAACAAAAAUUCAGAUUGAUGCUUUUUUUUAUUAUAAACAAAAGCAAAGGAGACCAUCAUGUAUUUUAAUUAUUGAUAACUGAAAUAUGUAUGAGGGGUAGAUGUCAGCUGAGCCGCAAUACAAUUCAUGAUAAACCUGGCUUUCAAAAGUCAGGAUGAAGAGACGUUUGUCAGAAGACACUACUUAUAUGUGUAGAGGACAAGAUAAGCAAAGACUGUUAUGUCCACAGGGGGCGCCAAAAUUGAUGCAAACUGAGAUUUCCUCUUAGGAGCUUUAAAUCGACUCCUAAAAUUUAAACUUCUGGCAGAUGCAACAUGUAAGAGUCAAAUUAAGGGUUUAUUUACUACGUCUUUUUACAUACUUUGGGUGUGGCUCAGGUUUAGAUAGUAAGAAAUUCACUGUAUAGGUCAGACCUGGGUCACUUCUAAAUCAAACAUUUCAGCAGCCUCAGAAGAACUCGGUGUAAGAUGGAUAAUGCAGCUGUCCUCUUUUGUUUUUAUUGAUUAAACUCAUGUUCAUCUUUUCUUUCUCUUCCAGAAACAGACGAGCCCGGCGCUGUGCUCUGUCUCUAUAAAACAGACGACGACUGUGUCAUGAAGUUCACAUAUUCUGAGCACUUCAGCGGACUGUCCAUCCUCACCGCUCUCAAAGAACCCGGUCAGUCAAACAGACAUCAACGUUAUUUUCCUUUCAAACUAAAAAUUUUUAGAUCAGAAUUUGGCACCUGCUUAAAAAAACAUGACCUUUGGGUUUGGGUUUCUUUUCCUGGUGCAAAGAAAACUACUAGGACAACAGUCAAGAUAAUAUAUGGUGGAUUUCUGCUUCUAUGAACAUCUUCAUAAAGGAUGCUUAUAUUUGAUUUUUGUCCUGCUGGGAUUGUACUUUCCUAGUUUUUUCAACCUUUUCCUCGCUCAUAACUGGAGAGAAGUCAGAAAAUUGUUUAAUCCAAAUAAUAUAAUAUUGUCCCAGAAACCUCUUAUUGUAUCUACACACUGAUCACUGAACUCCAAAGUUUUUUUGCUUGUUUCUAUAGAAACAAAGGCCCUCAGUGUCUAAAUUUCUGUCUCCUCCUGUGUCAGAAUGCGUCACAGGUCCUGAUGCUGUGAUGGUGCUGCUGGCGGUGGUCGGCAGCAUCCUCCUGGUCGGCGUCGUUCUACUCGCUGUCUGGAAGUUAGUCAUCACCAUCCAUGACAGGAGGGAGUUUGCACGCUUCCAGAGCGCACGCUCACGAGCCCGAUACGAGAUGGUGAGAGUGAUCCUGUUCAGCAGGAAUAUUCAGUUUUGAUUUAGUUCAUCUUUUCUCUCUGCAGCUUGUUUCAUCGAACUUGUUUCCAUCAUAAACAGGAAGGAGACAGUGAAAUGCAAUGUCACGCCACAAAUUACAGCCAUGAAAAUGACCGCUUAAUUACUGUCAUUUUUGCGUAAAUAUUGAGAAAGGCCUUUCCAACAUUUCCCUAAACCACUUGAAGCCUAAAGAAAAACUUAUUUUGAAAAGCCAGUUCAGUUUGCAUUGAUUCUUUGGCUUAUUUUUAAAGGUAUUUAUGAAAAAAAAGUCUGAACUUAAACUGUGUGAGCUGAAAUUGUCCUUAGACGUAUUUUCUUAGAGGUAGUGAUUGAAAUAAAACCUAAAGUUGUAGCUCACCUGAUAUUGUUUUAUCUUCAGCGUCAGAACCUUGAACUUCCAAAUCUGAUCCUUAAAGGUUUCAUUCAAGGCGUAACUUUCGGUUUCUGUCCCUCACACUCUCAGGCCUCCAACCCUCUGUACAAGCAGCCAGUCACGACACACUUUGUGGAAACAGACUUCAACAUGUACGGGAAGUCCUACAACGGAGGGGUCCACUGA